AUGGCCACUCUCAGUCUGAAGCCAGGGAGUCGGUUUGCUGUGCCAGACUGGCACACCAACAGUGACCUCAUCUCCACAAAUGCUGAGAGACAACGUUCUGCUUCUCAUGACAUCCGCCAGGAGGCCAGGAUGUUGCGUAAUGAGACAAACAACAAGGUGAGUGAGUGUAUCUAGAAGUGCGUGUGUACAUCUCUGAAUGUGUGUGUUUAUCUGUAAUUAUUUGCCUUUAUGAGUACCUGUGAGAGUGAUUAACUGUGAAAUUAAGUGUGUAUUGCUGUGUCUGUUAGUGCAGAUCUGUGAGUGUGUGUCUGGGAGUAUAGCUUUAUGUGUGCAGGGCCGAUGCAAGGAUUCUUGCCACCCUAGGCAAAACAUUUUUGCCGUCCCCUAUGUUGUGACAUCACAAUGUCUUACAUAUAUGAUCUGCCCCAUCACUUUCUAAGAUAUUUACUUUGUCCCCCUAACACCUAUGUGUGUCUAUUUGUCCCCCAGGUCUUUGUGUGUCUUUGUCCCCCCCAGUCCUUCUGUGUGUCCUUGUUCCCUCAACCCCCUGUGUAUCUUUGUCCCCCCACAGCCUCCCUUUUGUGUGUCAAUAUCACCCGCCAACCCCUCUUCUGUGUGUCUUUUUGGCUCCCCCAGCCUGUCAACUAAACAGUGAGUCGUUAAAAAUAAAUAUAUUACAUGCAAUAAUUCAUGUAGAAUACACCUCAUGCAGUAAAAAUGAGUGUCUAAAUGCAAAAUAGAUACAAAUUAGCAGCAAGAAAGUAUCAAAGUGUAAAUCCCGGAGUCCACAAAUGUAACCGCUCAUGCCAAUAAUAAGCAGAAGAUCCCUGCUAUGGAAACAGCCAGGGACCCUGCCUACUAAACUGUAAAAUCUAGUAUCAAAACUAAACUCCCAAUGUUAUAAUAGUUUGAUACAUCAGAUAUAAGUGGCUAUAAUCUUUCAUAAGUAAGAAGACCACCAGGAUCUGGAUAGUUUAUUUGUGUACACCACAAUAAGAUGGGAUGACUCUACAAUAGAAAGUGCAGAGAUGUAGUGCUUUCCGAAUAAAAAUGUAUUAGUACAUAAAACAAGUAUUAAAAUACACUCUAUUUUAAUACUUAUUUACUAAUAGUCUACUAUUGGGACUAUUAUAAUUUAGCAAAAAUACUAUACAUUGAUUUUUUUUAUAUCUCUUAAAGCUAUGCACCAUAACUACUCUUGGUAACAGAUUUUAUCUAAUACUUUUCUCCCUUUCUCCCUUCUAUGUAUCUUUGUCCCUGACUCCCUGUGGUUUCUUCCUACCCCCCUUCUGCCCCCCAACUCCCUUCUGUGGUUUCUCUUCCCCCUCCAACUCCCCCACUCCUUUCUGUGGUUUCUUUCCCCCUCCUACUUCCCCAGACUGUGGUUUCUCUACCUUUUCCUACCCUCAAGAGCAACAAUAUUUUCAGCUUCAGGGUUAAAAUAGAGGGUUGUUUGCAGCCUCUUUUUAAGCGUAGUUCACAUUUAGGAGAAUUAUUAAUUGGACUUAUUAUUGACAUUUACAUAGCGCUUUACAAUAUUAUAGGAGGGGGAGAUUUAACAAUAAAUGAGACAGUUCCAAAAUUUAUUUUCCAGAGAUGCUACCUCAGCAUAAGGUUUUGAGCCGCAAGACUUGGCAGCUGUGAGUCCUGAGAGCAACCUUAUGUUCAGUUGUUGGGGCAACCUUCUAAAAUAGGUUCAGUUGUUGGGGCUCAGACUAAAAUAGAAAGUCUGGGUAUAGAGUAAAAAAAAAAACCCAGCAAUUGUGUGUGGAGAGAGGCAUGUAGAUAUUGAAGUGAGAAAGGGCAAUAAAGGGAAGAAAGCAGAGAAGAGGACAUUUGAGAUUUAAAGAUAGGAGGGUAUGGUAGAGAUCAGAUAGGUUAAAGUAAUAUACAGUAUGUUGAACAUAAAUUAACAAGACUAUGAGUGCAAGAACUAAGACUAACAAAAAUAAAGAUUUAAUAAAGUUAUCAAUUAGAGUCUAAAAGCUAGCUGAGCAUCAUGGGAAAUGUAGUUCAAAAGCUAGCUGAGCAUCAUGGGAAAUGUAGUCCAGAAACAAUUUAUGGUGUCAAGGUCAGCCAUCACUGGUGUAUGAUAUAACAACCUACUGACGCCAUUUUGUUACACUGUACGUUAUAUUACUUUGUGACCUGCAUGAUACCAGUGGAUUCAGCUUGUACUUUUAGCCUGAUUACACUCCUUGUCAUAUAACUAUACCAUUCUUUUCAGGUAUACGCCACUCUCUGACAGCGACACAAACUUAGUUUUACCCCGGAACCAAACAUGACAGACUAGCUUGAUGGCCAUAACAUACUAUUUAAAAAAUGUGCUAUUUCUACGUGUUAUUAAUUAAGACUCUAAAAGCUAGCUGAGCAUCAUGGGAAAUGUAGUCCAGAAACAAUUUAUGGUGUCAAUGUCAGCCAUCACUGUUAUACACCAAGACAGGAUGGAAGUGUGAAAUGAGACUUCGAAAGUACCUUUUUAUAUUAAAUAAGAGCAGCUGGCAAAGCCACAAUUCUUUUAGAUUAGGCAUAAAGAAAGGGAGGAUAGCUGUAGAGUUGAACUUUAGGUAAAAUCAGGAGAGAAAUACCACAGGGUGGCCAGUUUUCACUGUUGCAAGUAGUUAAGCAGGCACAAGUACAGAGUAAAACUAUUUGGUCAUUUGAAGCAUUAUGGUCAGCGAGAUCAUGUUUGUGUCAGAAUAUGGUCAGCAGGUCGUUCAUCCGACUCCCAGGGAUGGAAAGUUCCAGUCUCUGCCAUCUUGAUCUUCGUCUGGGGCUUGUAUCCGCGGAUCAGUGACUCUGUAAUUGGCCACAUGGGUUGUAAAUAGCAGGCACUUCGGCAUAUCUGCAAGCUGUUUCCCAAUGUCCAACUUCGUCCAGCAACAGAGGCUUGCAUUCCUCCCAUCACCCGUACCCAGCACCACCUGGCUAUCCGGGUAGGCUGUGUUCAAUGGUAUGACCCUGAUUGUUGGUUGGUCCUGCUGGAAGCAGGCAUGGCCACCAUGUGUUCGGCGGUGAUGAGCCAGCAAUGGCGGUUUUCUGCACUUCCAUCUCCGUAAUGCCCUGCGACGUCUGCAUGGGUGAGACUUCGGCAUGUAGUGUCGGCCAGCAGACUGGAUCCGGGAGACCUUGAAAUUUCAGAUAGGAGGAGCGGUAAGCUCGUGGGCACUCAGCUUCGGCCAGAAUGAUGCACACAGCCUGUCAAAGGAUUGAAGGAGUAAGUCAACAUAGAUGGAUGGUUGCAGGAAGGGCUAUGGGGCCUCAAGCAUUUGCACGGCAGCCAUUGUUAGCAGUAGGCCUCAAUUCCUCUCAGAUUCCAAUACCGCCUGUAGGAGGUGAGCGUACCAGUGGGGACUGGGAUAAUCCACGUCGGUCCAGAGGGGUGGAACAGGGCUCACAAUCAGGUGAUUUCGAGACUCGGGGAGAGGAUCGGCUGCAUCCCCCACUUCGAGUAUGUCUGCAGGCCGCUGUGUGACUUUUCAAGGGUCAUGCCCGCUAGAUUCGAGUGUGAACAGGCCUGGCAACAGUGAGAUAAGCAGGAUUCUACCAAGAAGUUAAUGAAACUGUGUCAGUUUUGGCUUAUUAAGCAGUAUUUCCCGAGGAACUCCAGCCACAUGCGACUUUCUCCUUCAGAGAUCAGACCACGCCCCCUAGUGCAGUUAUUUUUAAUAAGGUUUUCCAGAUAUGCUACCCCAGCAUAAGGCUUUGAGCUGCAAGACUUGGUGGCUGUGAGUCCUGGGAGGAACCUUAUAUGUUCAGUUGUUGGGGCUUAGAUGUGUUGAGUCCACUGCAUGUCAGUGGUGAUGUGAUGGACAUACUUAUAAAGUGUGUCUGUUGGUGUUGUAGUUGAUUUACUGCAAACCAAUUAGUUUGAAUGACUAUCUGUUCCUGUCCAAAUUAAAGAUAAUAAAGUUGCGUGCACGCAGAAGUAAAUUCACACUGAGACACAAAGUUCAGGUUAAUGAAAGAACUUCGGAGAAGUUUAAUGGCUUCUGACAGAAAAUGGGUGCGCAGACCCUUUUAAAGGCAUUAUUACAUCACUGAAGAAAAUCAAGAUAUAGACAAAUAGACAUUGUUAAUUGGCUUAGGUGCUAAGAUGUUAGUAAAAUGCCCUCCCCAUUCCUAGGUCACUAUCCCCGUCAUGAUUAUCUCCUCCAGGUUUUAGCGCCAUUUUGCUAACAUGAGGAGCUCACUCGACGGGAGGGGCCUUUUGGCAGCUAUCCAUUUAGAGCGUAGCUGGCACUUGUUAGUUUCUCAAGGUUAGGUUUCAAGGCUUUUAGUAAAUACACAUUUUAUCAAAGCUAUUUCUUGCUGGCAUGCAAAUUCUAUGUUCUAUAGACAAAGCUUUCUUGUAAAACUAUGGGGGCCUCUUAGAGGUAUAGCAAGAGGAUUUAAAGGGGCCUUACAGAUUUAUAGAGGCCUAAUAAUUCUACAACAGUCCCCCCUAAAAUGUUAUUUGCUAAAAGACAAAACUUUAUUUGUUAGUAUCAGAAGAUGUGUUAGCCCAAAGACACAGAAACCCCAUGACCGCUGACUUAGUGUUAAUGCAAAGUGCAAGUCUAUCCCUCUCUUGACCCUAACAGGCUGCAGCACAUCCGUCAGUACGGUUCAGGAACACUCUUCACUCCGCUGGUAACCCAUAGUGGCUUAUCCACUACUUCUCCGUACGGCAGUCUACCCAUAAAGACGGACGCUGUCCCUGUACUGUCCCUUCCUAGACUUUCUGCACUUCAUCAGUAUAAGGGAGAGUUUGUAGCGGAAUACAGGGUGAGGUGAGAUCUUGAUCAUCGAUUGUCAGAUGAGUGAAGGUUGGUGUUGCUUGGUCUACAGUUUUCUGCAGGAAUUUCCUUAGGCAUGGGAGGACACAACAAAUGAGAAGAGCGAGAAUAAAAAGAAAAAUUAGUAAGGCAAUACCAAUCUGGACUAAAGCUCUCUGCCAACCCGUCAUCCAACCAAACCAUUUUUCCCAGGGAUCAGUAACUCCAGAGUUUCUCUUUAACUCUUCAGAGAGUCUAUUUAAUUUAGCUAUGGCCAGAGUGACUUUGCCAUUAGGACCUGUGUUUUCUGGAAUGUAAGUGCAACAAGUCAUAGUGUCGGGUAGUAUUUUACAGACCCCCCCUUUUUCGGCUAAGAUCAUGUCUAAGGCCAGUCUGUUCUGGAAGGUCAUUUGGGAUGUGGCCUGUAAUUGCUCGGCCAAGCCCUGGAGGGCAUCCCUGGUGUAGUUCACGAAGCGCUGUUGGUUGUAAUAGAUAUAAUUAAUCCAAUUAAGGUUUUUGUUGGCAGUGACUAUGGUAAAAAGUGAUUCAAAACCUGCAGCUACUUCAUCUCUAGCUUUAAAUUCAUUAGGUACCCCCCAGGGUACCCCAAUGGCAUCUAUGUAAAUGUGGGGGUCAAAACUGCCUUUUACUGGGGUUUCGCACCUUACUCUGGCUGAUGUAUGUGGAGGGUCGUAUGUGUCAUGAUGAUUAUCAGAAAUAAUAUGAAUGGGCAUGAUAACUUUGGCCAGGGUACACUCACCCCACCACUCAGUUUCCAGCCUAGAUCUUAACUGUAGAUCCCCACAUAACCAGUAAAUAUCCCCCAAUGACCUGGUAUGGUGUUGCAACAGGCGUAUAGGAACAGUUCUGUAAGUGGCGCAAUAACCUUUAGAAAAAUUACCCAUGAAUUUACCAAUCCCGUCAUACAUGGCAUAACAAGUGUAAUUACCUCUAUAGACUGUGAUUCCAUCUGGUGGCUUAACAUUUUCAACUAAGAGAGGGUAUUCUGCCGUCCAUGCCAUGCAGAGGGACCUAUUAAAGUCAUAUUGGUAGGCAAAAAGGCUUAAGAAGCAAUCUUCUAUCUCUAAAGGGAGGAUUAGGGGGACGGUGCCAAGGUGGGGUCGGGCACCGCCACAUACAUAACAUGCUGUUUUAUUAUGUUUGUUGGCAUUAUACCUCAUCCAUUCUAACCACAAAUUAAUGUCAUUGAAUCCAGUUUCAGCGGCCAUGGUAUCUUCAAAAGUGGGGUUAGCGAUGGCCAUCAUAUCUUUAAAGGACUGGAUAUGUGGUUUUAGCGGAUUUGGGACCAUAUGAUCAGCCCCUUGCCACUCUGGAGAGUGGUACAUAUCUCUGAGGUAGAAAUGACCUAAUUUGUUGUAGGAACCUUUCUUCCAAUACAUUCCCAUUACAUAUCGGUCUGCAUCCUCGGGGCCAGGAUGUUCAAUAUUUAACAUUAAUUUCAUAGGGGUACUUCCUCCAGGCUUUCUUAAAGUCAUUCUUUGAAGGAGGGAUCUACCCUGAUUGUCUAUCUUAGAUAAAGCACUUUUGGGUUUAUAACCCCAGGCAGGCCCAGUAUUCCAUCCCGCAGCCCCCCAGUAGUUACAGUCAUAACCCCAUUGUUCAUCUACUACACAAACGUAAGGGUCUUUUGCUUGUGGUAUAUCUUUAUAAAUGGCUUGAAUCUGUGACUUAGGGAAUGGGCAUUCUACAAUAUCACAGUAAUCAAAAGUGAAUGUAGCCACAUGGGUACAUGAUGAAUUAUACCAGAAAGUGUACCCACUAGCAUCUUUGGUGAUGGCCACCUGCUGGGCUUUAAGGAGGCCAACUAAGGAGAUAAUGUACCAGAGGCACAUGGUUGCAUAGAGUUAGCUUCCUCUGGGGCAGGUGUCUUCUUGCAAUGGGAAGCGUGGAUCCAGUUAGGCCUUCCGGCCAAUUUGACAGAGGUAGGGGAGAUCAGGAGAACUUGGAACGGUCCGUCAAAUCUUGGUUCCAGGGUGUGUUUUCGCACAAAUUUCUUGACCAGAACCCAGUCACCGGGGAGCAGACUGUGGUUGCCUGUGUCAGAAUCAGGAUCUGGAAUUGAAGAGAAAACUUGGGCAUGGAUUUUGUUCAAAGCAUUGGCAAGUUCAGUUACAUAGUUUACUAAAACAUCAGUAUGAAGUUGUAAUUGCUGGGGAAAAUAGCAACCUAGCCUGGGUGCUGACCCGAAUAGAAUCUCGUAAGGGGACAAUGAGGGCUUCCCUCUGGGUGUAUGUCUGACACUAAACAGGGCUAUUGGCAAGCUUUCGGGCCAGGGCAUUUUUGUUUCUUGCGACAUUUUUAGCAUUCUAGUUUUCAGGGUGCCAUUCAUACGCUCCACCUUACCACUGCUUUGUGGGUGAUAAGGUGUGUGGAAGGCAAGGGUCACUCCUAGGGCGGCCCAAAUCUCUUUAGUUACUGAUGCUGUGAAAGCUGGGCCUUGGUCACUUUCAAUGACUUCUGGUAAUCCAAACCUACAUACAAUUUCUGUAAGUAGCCGUCUUGCUGUUGUUUUUGCGGUGAUGUUAACCACUGGGUAGGCUUCUGGCCAGCCUGAGAACAUGUCCACUAUUACUAGUGCAUAUUCGAAGUUGCCACUCUUUGGCAUCUGGAUGUGGUCUAUCUGAAUUCUUUGAAACGGGUACAUGGGCUUGGCCAAGUGUUUUGGAGGGACUUUAGUCAUUUUCCCCGGAUUGCACUUGGCGCAGAUGACACACGUCUUGCAGUAAUUGCUGGCUAGCGUGGUAAUUCCAGGGGCCUCAUAGUACUUCUGUACAAGGGCAAUCAUCAAAUCUUUUGAUAGGUGUGCAGGGCCAUGUGCCCACUGAACAACUGCUGGGUAUAGAUUCUUAGGAAGGCAGAAUCUGAGAUUGUUGUAAUACACUCCAUCUCUUAGAACUGCCCCUUUCUGUUUCCACUUCUGUAUUUCUUCAGGGGCAACUGUAGCCUGUUGUUCCCGCAGGAUUUUCAGGUCAGUUGGAAGAGUCUGCAGAGUAAAUAUGGGAGUCUCUUCAUUUCCGGACACUCUUCUUUCCACUUCCUGUGGUUCUCUUGCAGCUUGUUUUGCAGCCUGAUCAGCUAGAUGGUUGCCCUUUGCUUCAUCUGAGUCCAACUUCCCAUGUGCUUUUAUCUUCAAAAUAGCCACUUCUUCUGGGAGUAGGAGGGCGUCCAUCAGCUCCUUGAUUGCGGAACCGUGCUUGAUUGGUGUACCGGCGGUGGUAAGAAAUCCUCUUGUUUUCCAAAUUAAUCCGAAGUCGUGAGCCACGCCCAGUGCAUAUCUUGAAUCCGUGUAGAUAUUGGCGCGCUUUCCUUCAGAGAUCUUGCAUGCUGAAGUCAGGGCUUGCAAUUCAGCUUCUUGUGCAGACAUAGUUGAUGGUAAAGAUGAUGAUUUGACAAUUUCAUCUGUUGUGGUUACGGCAUAUCCUGUAUGGUAUCUUCCUUCUUCAUCAGCAUAUCUUGAGCCGUCCACAAACAGGGUGAGAUCGGGAUCUACCAAUGGGUCUUCAUGCACAGUUGGUAGAUGUGUUGUUUCCAUUUUCAUCUGUUCAAAACAGUCAUGAGGUGUAUCUGGGUCGUAGUCAUUCACUAUGGUUAAAUCUUGGAACUCAUUCUCCAGGAAAUGACGUGGCCAUGCUUUUAGGUGGUCAGUUGUUGGAUAUUUGACAACACCAUUUUCCUGUAGCUGUGAUUCGUCCAUAGUGGCCCAUGCUUUUGCCAUAGGCCCAAGAUCAUUCCAUGAUAUUGUUUUCAACUUGGUCACAGGGACAUGUGGAAUGGCAGUGUCCCAAUGACGGUACAAAUGCUUGAGUUCCGGAGGUAGAUGAAUCAAGACCAUACUGUUGCCUUCAGAAUCACAGUAGAAGUCUUGUGCAGUGAGUUUUACUUCGACCAGAUUAUAGAGUUCAUCUUCAUAGCAGGGUUCAGGAGUGAUGUUUGGUUUGUACCACAUGGUACAGAAGGCAUAUCCUGCUCCGUCAUGAAGGAGUGCUUGUCCAUCAUGAAAGGAUAGGUUGGGAUGCAUUUCCUUCUUGAUGGUGCCAGUGAGAAGAAAAACAUAAGUUUCGUCCAUGAUGAAUCCGUAGUAUACACCCCCCUCAGGGAGUGGCAGAAGAGUGGACGGAUUGAGAACUUGACAUCUUUGGAGGGUAAUGUUGUCAGGCAACAAAAGAUGACAUUGAAGGCGAAGAUGCCUAGCAGGAGUAACAUGCUUAAGUUGGACCUGGUUGACUAUGGCAGAAAUGUCAUGAGGGGCCAAGACAACCAGGGGGUGGCCAAGGACAAGAUCUCCAGUUCUUUCAAUGAGCUCUCUGGCAGCAAAGACGGCCCGAAGGCAAGAGGGACGUCCUCUGGCCACAACAUCCAGUUGGCAGGAGAAAAAUCCAAUAGGCCUUUGGCGGCCUCCAGGACCAUGGGCCUGAGUGAGUACUCCUGUUGCAUGGCCUUGUCUUUCAGAAACAAACAAUUUGAAGGGUUUGGUAUAGUCUGGUAGGCCAAGAGCAGGAGCAGAAGCAAUAGCACGUUUGAGAGAACAGAAGUUGUCAAGGGCUUCUGUGGACAAGCAAAAUGGGUCUGACUUGAGAGCAUCAUAAAGAGGUUGCAUAAGGAGCGAGGCUUCUGGGAUCCAUGCUCGGCAAUAGGAAAUGAGGCCUAGGAAGGCGUGUAGUGACUUCGAGGUCCUUGGAGGUGGAAUGUCCAGUACUGCUCUAACUCGGUCACGGGUAAGAUGUCUGGUUCCCUGAGACAGACAAUGGCCAAGGAAGAUAACAGUAGGUUGGCAGAAUUGCAGCUUGAGACGUGAAGCUUUACAUCCUUGUUCUGCUAGGUAGCAAAGAAGAUUAAGUGAGCAUUGUUCUGUUGUGGGUAGAUCAUCUCCACAAAGCAGCAAAUCAUCCACAUAUUGAAGCAGGACGACCUCAGGAUGGUCAGAUUGCCAUGGAUCAAGGAUAGAGCACAUGGCCUUCGCAAAUUGACUUGGUGAAUUUUGUGCCCCUUGGGGCAUGACAGUCCAUGUGUACUGUUGUUUUUCAUGUGUGAAAGCAAACAGAUAUUGGCAAGUUGGAUCCAGGGGAACACUGAAGAAGGCAUUGGCCAGAUCAAUGACUGUGAAGUACUUGGCAGAGGGUGGAACGCCGGAAAGGAGACUGUGUGGGUUGGGCACUAUUGGAGUGUCCAAAACUGUGGCUUCAUUUACCGCUCUGAGGUCUUGGACCAACCUGUACUUUUCAGGUUCGCCUUUUGGAGUUUUUUUCUUUACCGGAAAUAAUGGAGUAUUGCAUGGUGAUUCACAUUUGACAAGAGCACCCUUCUCCAGGAGUGCUUGAAUUUGAAUUGUAAUGGCUGCAGCUUGAGCUGGUUUCAAAGGAUACUGUGAUUUUCGUGGCAAUUUUGCUCCUGGGAUGAGCUUUACCACCACAGGUGGGACCUUUAGAUGGCCUAUGUCCUCUGGGCCUGUGGACCACAGUUUCUUGGGAACAUCAGUCUUUAGUGAAUCAGGGAAAUUAGUCCUUAGGUCUUUUGCAUCCCCAUGAGGCUCUUCUAGAUGUAGCAUCAGGGGUAAAGAGCACAAAGCUGAGGUGUGUGAGACAGAUAGAGGGGUGGAUAGUUCCACUUGUCCAUCUGGAGUAAAGGUGAUAGAUGCCUGCAGGCGUGAAAGAACAUCAGCUCCUAACAGGUUAAUGGGGCAUGUGGAAGAUACCACAAAGCGAGCAAGCAAGUUGUGGCAGUUACCAACCCGCAGUGGGGUGGACAGGGGACUUUGCCUUGGAAGGCCGUCCACCCCAACACAGGAGACAUCAAUAUUGGAAAGAAAUGAGAUAUCGGGCAGGUCUUGUUCUCUCAGAACACUUCGGGCUGCACCUGUGUCAACUAGGAAAGUGGUGGGCUGGCCCUCAAUGGGUAAAAUUACAGUAGCUAGAGGCCCCCCUUGUUCCCCUGAAGACACUGCCAUAACAGGGGUUAAUGACACAGGCUUGCCGGUGUCCUAGUCUUCUUGGGCUGAAUCAGGUGAAGGGGUUUCUGGGGCCUUCGUGGUAGUGGCGGGCUUGGAAGUUUGUUUGCCAGCGUAUGGCCUCCGGUGUUUUAUGGGUUCAGGGCAGUCACUUCUAAAAUGGCCUUUCACCCCACAAUUAAAGCAAAUUCCAUCCUCAGGCCUAGUGCCUCUGGGAAUCGACGGGCGUGAUACCAUAAGGUGGGUGGGAUUGGAUCUUCUUGGCACCUGUGCUGCCUCUAAACCUCUGGCAACUAAAAGCAGCUUAUCAAGGGAAACCACUCUAUACUCAGGGCGGGCAGCAAUAAUACCUUUCCGUAUAGAGUCUUUGAUGCCCUGUACAAAGGCACCAGAAAGCAUUUGGGCAUGUAUUUUAUUGCUAAGUUCAAACCCUAGGUCAGAGAAUACUUGAAAGAGUCUAGCGUGAAACCUCUCUACGGAUUCACCUUUUUCCUGGACAAUAUCAUUAAGUCCGGCUGCCUGAUCAGAAAGUUUAUCUUUGGCCCAAGUUUUUAGCUGAUCACAAAACUCAAUUCCGGACGUAUAAUCAGUAUCACUUGACAACCAAUUAGUGCAUAGGUGGCGAGCAAUGCUAGGCCAGUAGGCAUCUCCAGCCUUAAUGGCACAGAGGCUCAGCAAACAGUCUGUUGAAUCUGGACCACUGCUCUGUAAAAGGGCAUAGGUUGCUUUUCUGGGUCAGGGAGUGACUUCAUCAGGGCACUGGCCUGUGUUGGGUUAAAGGUAACAUACAUUACCGGGGCUUUGUCCCCUUGAACCUUGCGACCAAAGGGAUCGUUAAGAGAACGUCGCGGAGGUUGGGGCGAAACCUCCCUGGAGUCUGGUGGGGACUGGUAACCAUGGGAGCUUACCGUGUCAAAUUCAUCUGCAUGUGCUAUCCGGACUCCCGGGGAGGGAACUACCUGUGGUGACAGGGCCGGGGGUAGAAGGGGCACUCCACCAGCCGGGGCUGCUGGUGAGCUAUGGGUUGGAGGUAGCAGAUCAUUCAGAAGAACGGGCAUAAGAGGGGCUAUGUUACUGGGGGACGCCAUAUUGGAGGCGUGGAAGGAAGUUGCGCUCGGGUUAAGUGAGGAGGUGGCGGCCAUAUUGGAUGUGGGCAAAAUGUGGGCAGGUGUAAUCGGUGUCGGCUGUGUGAUUAUGGGAGGUACGGGAUAGGCGGGCUGGGGAGGCGGAAGUGUGGAAUAGGCAUAGGCUAAGGGCCAAGGCAUUUGGGCGGGCGUAUAGGCAGAAUAGGCGUAGGGCGGUGGCGGUGGGUAGGGAUUAGGGAGAGGAUGUGACGGGGAGGGGGAGGGACUGGGAACGGGUGGAGUAGGAGCAGCUGGAGGAGUGGGAGGAGAAAAAGGUGGAGUAGGAGGAGCUGGAGGAGUGGGAGGAGGAAAAGGUGGAGUAGGAGGGUCUGAGAGUACGGAAGAAGGAAGUAAGGGAGUAGUAGGAGGAGGAGAAAAUGGAGAGGGUGGGUCGGUAGGAGGGGAGGAGGAAGAUGAAUAGGCAGGUGGGACGGCAGGAAAGGACGGGCGGGAGGAGGGCAUGUUGGAGGGGUGCAAUGGACUGGAGGAAGAUGGGCGCGGUAAAGGAAGGGAUGAGGAUGAUGGGAGUUGGGAGAUCGAUGGAGGGGAAAAUACAGAUCCAUCGGCAUUCAGGACAGGGCAAACAGGGGUAGUGACAGGGAAAGGGGUGGCCACCUCAUGUGCGCCAUAACUAGGCGCGUGCUGGGGAGAAUUUCCAGCGACAAAAUUCUUAUGGUACACAAACAUUUUCACACCCUUGUAAUCAACCUCUUGUUCAAUCCAUCCCUCUUGCUGGAUGGCUUUGGCUACUCUGUACCAGGCUUCCGCUGUGCGGACUAAAUCAUUGUCCAUUAACUUGCCUUUCUUCUCUGUCAGUAUCUUACGCCAGCUUUCUGGCUGCAAUCUACCACACGGGGGUACCGUGAUUCCACAUGCUUUAGCAAUCUUAUCAACCUUCUUAACCAUCUCUUCACCUUCCCUAUCUUCUACCAAGUCUCGUGCUAGCCAACCCUUAUCGGGUUUUCCCAGUUUCUGUCCCAUAUUCCCUAUACAAGGCGUCCCAGAUAUAGAGAGAGAAAGGAACAGAACGUCUACCGUGCUCGACUGCUACUUUAAGAGCAAGCUCUUUAAGUACGUCUUCCCAAAACGUAGACUAGUCACUGAUUCCGCCUACCCGUGGUAGCCGCGGAUUGGAGCGUGGCGAGAAGUGUGUGACCAAUCACUUCUCUCAACAGAGAAAGAGAAAUAGGAGGGGAAAGUGUAAAUAGUACAGUGAGUAAGAUAAAAGUAAACACAGGAAUCUGUGUGACAGACAAUUAAGACAAUAACAUUUCAGUGUAAAUACAGUGCAUGCAUCACAGUUCAAAUAAGUUCAACAGUUUUAUCCCUUGCCUUUACUCGUGUGGCCAAAAGCCACCUCCCUCAACCUCGUAGUGUCCCUGUUGCGGACCCACCCGCAAGUCUCACUACCAGCAGCCACAGGAAACAGCAACAGCUUCCAACCCGAAUCCUGUAUAGCCUAAAGAAUUGGAAUCUUACCUGCCUCAGCGCUCGAGGCUGGAAUUUUACCAAGAAGAAGUGUCCGAUGAGGCUAGCUAAGCGGUCAAAGUGACACUAUGGGGAACCCCCAGGGAGCAGUGAGUCUACCACCCUCCACAGAUUCCCCCUACUCUUUUUCCUUACAGCCACAGCUACAUGGCUCAUAAAAGAGUUAAACAGGCACUUACACUCCCCGGGUGCUAAGUUAAACACAAACCAAUACAAAAAAACACACCCAGGCAACAGAUAGUCAACAUGCAGGUAAACUAGGUAUCAUUAACAAUACAAAGACUCUGGGCAAGUUAUUACCUGACUUUGAUGUCCUCUCGGUAGCAGUCACAGACACUGGGACAGGUCAAUCACAGGGGCAUGAACAUACCGGCUAGGUGCUGCAGCAAUCUCUACCGUGUAUUCAGAGGUGAUCAGGCUCUUUUCCUUCCCCCAGGAUUCAGCCCCCCCAGCGUCUUCUUGGACAGCUGCCCAGGCAGGACAUAGCCCAGAGCCCCACGUUAUGGGCGCCAGCUGUUGUAGUUGAUUUACUGCAAACCAAUUAGUUUGAAUGACUAUCUGUUCCUGUCCAAAUUAAAGAUAAUAAAGUUGCGUGCACGCAGAAGUAAAUUCACACUGAGACACAAAGUUCAGGUUAAUGAAAGAACUUCGGAGAAGUUUAAUGGCUUCUGACAGAAAAUGGGUGCGCAGACCCUUUUAAAGGCAUUAUUACAUCACUGAAGAAAAUCAAGAUAUAGACAAAUAGACAUUGUUAAUUGGCUUAGGUGCUAAGAUGUUAGUAAAAUGCCCUCCCCAUUCUUAGGUCACUAUCCCCGUCAUGAUUAUCUCCUCCAGGUUUUAGCGCCAUUUUGCUAACAUGAGGAGCUCACUCGACGGGAGGGGCCUUUUGGCAGCUAUCCAUUUAGAGCGUAGCUGGCACUUGUUAGUUUCUCAAGGUUAGGUUUCAAGGCUUUUAGUAAAUACACAUUUUAUCAAAGCUAUUUCUUGCUGGCAUGCAAAUUCUAUGUUCUAUAGACAAAGCUUUCUUGUAAAACCAUGGGGGCCUCUUAGAGGUAUAGCAAGAGGAUUUAAAGGGGCCUUACAGAUUUAUAGAGGCCUAAUAAUUCUACAACAUUGGUACGCCUGAAAUUGGGAGAGGCAUGGAGUUGAGCGAGCAAACUGCUAGCUGGGUAUGUCAGUGAUGAUAACUACCAAACUGAUUACCUUCCCUCCCCUAAAGAUUCCUGGCACACAGCGCCUGUAGCUGAGGGGAAAUCCUGAGGACUGAGGGGAAAUCCUGCAUCACACGAUAAAACCACAGGACUUGGUUGGUCUCACCGUGGCAUGCUCACCCAUCUUGGAAAUUUGGUCUAGGGUGCUCAGAAGGUGGAAAACUGAAAAAUAGCUAGUGUGGUGUAUACUCAUUUGUGAUAAUACCUUGCCUGACUUAUAACUCUGUUUAGUACAUCUCCUAUCUAUCUCUCACACAAGACCCACCUUCUUUUUUGCAAGACCAUAGUAUUUCUAUUUGUACUAGGGGUGUAAACCUGGCUUCAUCAAGUCAUUUAAAUUAAUAACUUAACUAUACACAGAUAACUGAAAAACAAAGUCGUUUCAGAAUGUUUUGUGUAUGUUAAAUUAGAUUUAUAUUUGUAAUGUUUAAUUGAGAUAAAUAGGAUGCCUUCUCAAAUAGUAAUGGUAGUGCUGAAUGUAUAAUAAAAGUAGGAAUAGAUCAUCCUGCUCACCCAUAGUUCUCAGUAAGUCAACAUGUGGUGGGCCAAAAAGCAUUUUUUUGUUCUUCAUAACCAUAAUUUUUUGCUACCAGCAACUGGAAGUCCAAGGGUGGACAAUAGACAUUGCUGCUCUAUUGCUUUACUUUUUGACCAGAAUGGAAAUCCAUGUCCCACCAGACAUAAUUUGGAUAAUCUUCUCAGUAGCUUGCAUUCAUAGUUAUAGUUAAUGGACAGAGAACUUCCACUCAUGCACUCAAUAACUUCCUUUCUUGAUUCUUAGACUCACUGGGAUGAGCAAGAUAACAGGACCCGGCUUUCAGAUCGUAUCGAUGAUGUGGAUAAAUGGAAGCAAGUGCUGGAUAAGUGUUUGUAUGAAGUGGAUGCAGAAAUAGACGCUUUGAAUCAGGUGGGUUCUGUUGAAGUCUUAUAUAUAUAACAUGAGGUAUUGAAUACUACAAAGACAUGCAUGUACCAACCCACUCAUCCCUACUAAUAAUGCCAUCUGCUACCAAUUUCUAAUGCUGGAGCAGUAGGAUUGGCUGGGAUAGACAAGCCACUCCCAUUUGCCCUUGAGCUGCAAUGCAUGUAAAUCCCUUGUAUUUAAACUGUGAUUGGUCUUCACACAGAUUUCUGUAUUUCAGAAUAUAGGACACAGUUUUUUUUACCUCAAAUGUAGUGUGUGUGUGUUCUUCAGGCUGUGAGUAUUCCUGUCAGAUCAGUGUCUCAUGUUACCAUGGCAAGACUUCCGCUGGAGUUUGCAAGAAGAGUAUGCUCAGUCUGCACCUAGUGGAGAUGCAGGCUAGAGUCCCUCACCAUAAGACCACUAGGUAUCACCAUGUCCCUCUUCCCUAGCUUAAUGUAAGAAGCAGGUGGAAGACUAUAAAGUUAAAUCAAACACAGAAAAAGGUAAAUAAAAGUAAUAAUAAAAAUAUAUGACUGUUAUCACUCACCCCUCCCACACAAUACAGUCCCUAUCCAAUCCCACAAUUUGACAUACACUACCUCUCCAACACAGACUAGAUUCCAUAUACACGUGCACUAUAUUCCAUGAACACACACAUUACAUCCCCUACACACAUAUACAUGCACUACAUUCCCUAAAUACACACCACAUCCCCUAUACACACCGUUGCUACAUCCUCUAUGUCCAUUACAGAGAUUUACUGUUACUGUAAUAACAGCACUGGUUGUUUUAUUUAUUCUUUAUUUUUUUUACAUAGUUAUUCAAAAACAUAGUUGGAUAACCAAAAAUUUAUACAUUUAUAAUUUCUAUCACAUUUCUCCAACCUUACAUAUACAAACUUCAUUUAGAACAUUUAGAAUAGUAUCACACCUAGGACUAAGGAUAACGUCUAACUGGACCUUAGAAUGGCCGGACUUAACGUACCUGAAAAUAGUCAAAAUACUUGUCGAGGUCAGGGACACAGAAUGAGACACAACGAUGAGUAAAGCUAGAAGUCAAGGAUACCAGAAAAACGCAAUCAGUAACACACUCUCGGAUAACCAGCUAGUGGAAACCAUGACAGGGCACUGACAAAAAGGUAAUUUGGGUUUAAAUAAGGGCACUGACAAAAAGGUAAUUUGGGUUUAAAUAACCCUCCUUAGGACGCACGUUGGGGCCAUCAUUGUUGUGUGUGAAGAUAAGUUUCCUAUAAAAAAUCUGAACCGCAGUGGCCGACGUUCCUAAAAACGUUGCAUCUGCUUGGGAAUGGAACGGAGGGAGACCGGCUGCCCGCCAGAGGACCUGGGAGCUGUGACAGUUAUGGACUAAACUACAGGACCCCCAAAUAUGUUCAAAUGUUCCUUCACAUAAACCUCAUCUCCAACAUAAGGAGCAGUGAUUAGGGUCAAUUUUAUGCAUUCUAGUGGGGACAAAAUGCCAUCUAUGCAUUAUUAUAUACUGUAAUUCCUGGAUAUUUAGACAGUGAGUAACUCUCCCGACCUGUAUCCAGCUAUUUCCCCAUGCAUUAUUAUCCAACACUAUUCCAAGAUCAUUAGACCAUGAUAUUUGAGCUCUGACUUUAGUUAUCUUUUCCAAAUAUUUAAAAAAAUAAUGAGCUUUUGCAAAUAUAUUUUUAUUUGAAUGAGCAGCAAAGAGGGUCACUAAUGAUUCCAUAGUCUUAGGAUUCAAGGUAGUAAAAAGAUGCCUAGAAACAGUUUUUAAUACGAAUCAAGUUAUAGUAAUGCUUACUUGGAAUAUCAUGCUCUGUUAUUAAUGGUUUGUAUGUUUUAAAUUGAGCACCCUCUAAAAACUCUUCAACCUUUAAGUUUUUGUUAUUAUACCACCUCAUGUUAUUCAUAUCCGGAAUAUUAUAUUAUUUCUAUAGCAGUUUGCGAUAUUUUCUUAUCCUUUAAACCGAUGCCAUUCUUCAAUUUCAACCAGAAGUAAAUAAUAUAUAUAUAUUUUCUUUAAUUCUUUAUUUUUCAUGUUUGGUAGCGACAAUUUGUAAAGCAAACAUGCGAAAAUUCAGGUAGAAACAUAUGGUUGCGUUACAAUAAGGAAAACUUACAUUUGUCAGACAUAUUAAUAAUUUCAGGUGAGUCAUAGCACUUUUCAACGGUUACAGAUCCGGGUUGAGCUGGAAACAUAUAUUGUAAGUGGGUAUCAAUUGUACUCCCGGGGUACUACAGGCUAAUUUGACAUGCUUGGUAGUUUUUUUUCGGUGAGUGUGGGUGUAGAUGGUUGAGACUAGUGUAGCUCACAGAAAUGUGUGGGAAAUGAUGGUGCCAAUAUCCUUUUUGUGCUUCAUGGCUAGUGUGCUGUUCCAACUGAGUUUGGUUAGUGGGUAGAGAGAUACCACUAACUAGGGAUAUAGGGAAGAGCAGGCAAGCGCCAUUUUGUCUUGUGCGGCCUGUUGUAAGUGAUUAUGUUAAUGUAAGGUGUAGUAGCCAAGCACUGCGUCAGGACCAGCUUUUGGUUAUGCGGCUAGGGUUGUCGGCCUGCCUGGUAGCCAAGUGGAGCGCUAAUUAGUAAAGUUUGUUAUUUGGAUAUCAACAAAAGCAAACAGUAAACAUCAUAUAAUAAAAACGUGGUCUAAUGCCAUGUGUGGACAGCACAGUCCCUAGUCUGCUUCAGGUAUCUGGGUAAGGUGGUUGGUGUCUCCUCGAGUCUCUAGAGGUGGUGCCUUCUGAUUCCCAGGGUUCUUCGUUGUUCACCUGUCAUGACGGUGGUUGUGGUGGAGAUAGUCCUAAUGCUUCCAUGAAGGGAGACGCCCCCAACAUAGCUGUGAGGGAGUGAGUAGUCUCCUCGCGAUGGACCAGUAGAGAACUGGUGUGCUCCCAUCUGUAGGGUAUUCCCGCUUCUCUCAGUGAUGUUGUAACCGGUCCGAAGGACUUGUGCCGGAGUAGGGUAGCUCUGGUGAGGUUCUGGAAGAAGAGCAGCUGAGAGUUCUCAAAUUCAAGGGCAUCUUGCCCUUCAGGGCCAUCAUGAUUCGGAUCUUGUCAUUCACAGUCACACAGCGCAUUAUAACAUCCCUCGCCACUGUGCGGUGCCAGUGACACGGUUUAUUCCGUCUACAAUUAUUUUAUUGGCUGUUGUGUGCGGCAAGAUUGUAGAGAGCAAGUGCCUGGUGUAAUGUGGCAGCUCUUCUGUCAAGACAGUGGCGGAUAUCCCCCGUAUUUUGACAUGCAUUCUGCAUUGUCGGUCCUCCAUGGACAUAAUUUGGGCGGCCAGCACGUGUUGCUCAGUUUGAAGGCGCAGCACCGAGUCCUGGAGGGUGGCCACAUUAGUUUGGACUUCUGUCAUAAUGUCCUCUGUCUUAGUGACACGGUCUUUAACUUGUUGUAUGUCCUUUUUGACCAAGGCAACGUCAGCUGCCAGCAGUUUUUGUAUAUCCGCCAGGAGGAUCUUUAGAUCACGUUUAGUUGUUGGGGCUGAAUCGUCGGGGGACCUUGCAGGUAAGGCUGGAAAUAAUAUUUUUAAUAAAAAAAAUUCCUUUUGGAAUUAUCUAUGAUUUUUUUUAACUGUUGCAUUAUUCACCCAUAAGAUAAUAUUAUAAUUCUUUAUCCAAUAUCUUUUGUUCAAUUAUGAACACUUCAGAUCUAGAGGAGUGUGAGUGGAUAGCGUGUAGGUGCAGCAUUUGAUGACAUUAAGUUUACCCAUCCAUGAUAUGGAAAAUGUUUUCCAUUCUCUCAAUUUCUUAAAGAGAUCAUUUAAAAGGUCUUGACAGAAAUGUGUGGGAAUUGACAGUGCCAAUAUCUUAAAAAUAGAGGAUCCUUUGUAAUUUUAAUCCCUAAGUAAUCAAUAAAUUUGUCUUUCCACAUAAAUGGAAACUCAUGGCUAGUGCUAUACCUCUAUUUUCAUUAAUUCUUACUGUCAUCGCUUGUGAUUUAUUAAUAUUCAGUUUGUAAUUGAAAUGUUCCCCUAGUUUCUAUCGAGAUUUCAGGGUCCGUUAGUGUCAGUAGAAUAUCGUCCGUGUAAAGGCUAGUCUUAUUUUCUAUAUCACCAAUAGAGAUUCCCAUUAUUAUUUUUUAUCUCUAAUUCUUGCUGCCAGUGAUUCUAGAGUCAUUAAAUAGUGAAGAGGGGCCAAUGGACAGCCCUGUCUAGUACCUUUCCUAACUCUGAACCACUGUGAUGACAAGCCUUGACCUACAAUCUUAGAUGACGGAUCGGAAUACAGAGCCAUGAUACAUUUUUUUUUUGAAAUUUGUAUUUUAUUGUUUUUCAACAUAAUAUUAGGGGGGGGGAUACAGAAGAGAAAAAAGGGGGGGGUAGUCACAUUGCAUUUUUUGCAUACAAUCAGUUGUGUUUUACAGUAUGUGUCACAGAACACAUCACAUUUACACUGGUCAAUUUGAGCCAACACAUUAUGAGCCAAUCUCCGCAGUGCCCUGUACUUUGUUACCAGGUCGUCAAACCCUACCAGUCCCUAAGACCCUGUUUGUUCGGCCGUCGCCGGCUCCCUUUAGUGUCCUAGCUCCCCGAUCCUGGGUUGUCCCUUUUCGUGAUGGUUUAUAGUGGGGUUAUGGCUUAUGCAUCCUCUUUUAUGGUGUGGGGAUUAGUGAGUGGGGGUGGCCCUAUGGCCAGUAAUUCUCUAUGGGAGUUCAUUGGUCUGGGUUGCCCGCUCUCCAGGAGCGCCAUAAUUCCCAUGUACUCAGGAAGCGUUGUGGGUACGGGUGUGUCGUAACGAAGUGUGUUUCAUAGAGUAGUUGUUUGUCUAUUUCUUGUAUAAGGGGCAGGAUGUUGGGGUGUUUGUCAGAUUUCCAGAGUCUGGCUAUUAGUUUUUGGGCGGUUAAUAGAACAUGGCAUAUCAGUUUCUUCGCCCCAGUAGGUACGGUACUCGGGAGGUCUAGCAACAAGAAGGUUGCGGGUUCGAAGGGUAUGUCAGUGUUGGUGGCUUCGGUAAUGAGCUUGUGUACCUCUUUCCAAAAUCUAACAAGGCGGGGGCAUCUCCACCAGAUGUGCAUGACUGUUCUGUGGUCUCCUAUGCAUCUCCAGCAUGACGGAGACGAGUGAGGGUAUUGUUUAUGUAUGCGGGUCGGGACCAUGUACCACCUAUAUAACGUUUUUCGGUGUUGUUCCAACAGUGGGGCUGAUUUAAUCAACCUCUUCGUGGAGGAUAUAAUGUGUUUCCAUUUAGCUUCGGGAACUUUGGUCCCUAGGUCCAAGUCCCAAUGUAGUGCUUGUGAUGAUUUGUGGAAGGGUAUGUAUGUCUGGAGAGUUUUGUAACAGUCCGAGAGUGGCUUGAAUGUGGGUGGCAUUUUCCCCGAUACGCCUAUUUUCUCCCAGGUAGAGGGUUCCACCGGCAUGAGUUGGCCCGGGGGUUUUGUCUUGUUUCGUGUGGUGAAAAGGGAGUGGAGUUGAAGGUGCGAAUAUUGUGAUGUUUGUGGGAUGUUGUAGGUGGAUCGGAGCUUAGCGAAGUUCAUGAGUUUGCCUGCUUCACACAUGUGUGACAGGUGGGUGAUCCCCAUGGCCUUCCAUGGUGUCGCAUGGAACGUUGGGAUGCAGUAUGUUAUGGCUUCGAUUGGGGUUGCCAUUGAUAGGGGGUAUCCUGUUUCGAAAUGCACUCUAUGUGUUUCCCAGACCUGCAGUGCCAAUGCAAGUUGGGCGGGUGGGAGUGGGGUGGCCGGCCUGUCCUUUUUUGGUAACCACAGCAGGUUGGGGAUUUGGAAGGGUUAGAUGGCCAUAUGCUCCAUCUCCACCCAUUGGGGUUGGUUGUCCUUGGUCAAAUGUGGCAAGAGGGAGGACAGUACUGCAGCGUGGUAAUACGAUUUGACGUUAGGGAAUGCCAUUCCCCCUUGUGCUGUGGGGGCUAGGAGCACUUUUUGUGAGAUUCGUGCCCGUCUCUUUCCCCAAGUGAAUUGUAGCAGUUUGGCCUGGAUGGUAUUGAAGUAUGAUGGUGAUACUCGUAGGGGUAGGUUCCUAAAUAAGUAUUGAAGUUUCGGUAGUAUGGUCAUUUUUAGUGCUACUAUCCGCUCCGACCAAGUAAAAAAUAACCGGUCCCAGCCCUUCAUUGUUUUAAGACAGUCCUCCCAAACCCUGUUAUAGUUCGCUGGGAACAUAUCUGUGGCGUUUUUAGUAAAUGUCAGGCCUAGAUAUUUUAUGUCCUUUUUCCUCCAUUCAAAUUGGUAGUCUUUGUGUAGGUUCGCCAAGACUUGUGGGUCUAGGCGUAGACCCAAUGCUUGCGUUUUGGAGGUAUUGAGGGAGUAAUAGGACAGUGUCCCAUAUUCAUGUAUGAGUCGCAUUAUAUGUGGGAGAGAUUUCUUGGGGUGGGAGAUGUACAGCAGGAUAUCGUCUGCGAACGCCCCUAUCUUUAUUUGGCGGCCAUGCCAGUCCACCCCUGUUAUUUCUGUUCGGGUUCUGAUCCCUGUGAGUAGUGGUUCCAGGGUUAAAACGUAAAGUAGGGGGGACAGGGGGCACCCCUGUCGUGUGCCAUUAGUAAUUUUAAAGGGGUUAGACAGAAAACCCGCUUGUAGUACCCUUGCAGUGGGGUGUGAGUAUAGAGCAAAUAUCUGUGUGAUGAGUUGGCGUGGAAAACCAUAUCUCUGCAGCACCCUGUGGAGGAAAGGCCAACCCAGGCGGUCAAACGCUUUUUCGGCAUCUAGUGCUAAGAGCAGUCCGCCUGGGCCGGACCUCCUCAUCCUCUCUAACACGAGAGCCAGUUUCCGGGUAUUGUCCAGGCCCUGUCUCCCCAACACAAAUCCCGUUUGAUCGUCAUGUAUGAGUGUCGGUAGUAUUUUCCCUAUUCUGGUCGCUAAGAUCUUGGCGUAGAUCUUAGCAUCCGUAUUUAACAACGAAAUGGGUCUGAAAUUCUUACAUUGGUCAGCAGGUUUUCCCGGUUUGGGUAUGGUCACUAUCGUUGCUAAGAGCAUCUCAGUUGGGAGUAUUCCUGUGUCCGUGGCCUUCUGGAACACUUGUACGAGUCUGGGGCCAAGUAUUUCCGCGAACGUUUUGUUCAGGAUUUCCCUGUAGGGAGGUGUUGUAUGGUGUGUAGAACCUCAUUAAGAGUGAUGGGUUCAAGUAGUGCGUUCCUUUGGUAUCUGUCUAUACUGGGCAGAGGGAGCUGGUCCAAGUACCUUUGGAUAGCGUUUUCAUCUAAGGGGGUUGUACCCGGGUGAUCUCCCAAAUUAUACAAGUCAGAGUAAUAUUUUGCAAACUCUUGGGUGAUAUCUAGGGGGUUUUGUAUUUUGGACCCACCUGGGCCUUGUAAGUAAGCUAUUUUGGAGGCUGCCAAUUUCUCCCUCAGCUGAUUGGCCAGGUGUUUUGUCGCUUUCCCGCUAUGGUGAUAUGUGGUUGCCUUCAUUUUAUGAAGUAGGGACGCAGUUUUGGCUGCCUGUAACUGAUGUAGCUGGUUGGUCAGAGAUUGGAUCUGGUUUGCUAGAAGUGGGGAGGGGGAUCGUUUGUUUUGGGUGGUAAGGGCCGCUAGUUUCGUUUGGCACUCAAGUAUGGUGGUUUGUCUUUGUUUUUUGAGGUAGGACGAGCGCCUGAUAAAUAGGCCUCAUACUACGGCUUUGUGUGCCAUCCACACAGUCUGUUCUGACACUUCCCCAGUGGAGUUUGUCUGAAAGUAAGCAAUGAGUUCAGCUUUUAUUUGGUUCAUAAAGUCAUCGUCUCGGAGUAAGGAGUCAUUCAUUCUCCAAGUCCCCCGUCCUUUAAACUGAAAAGCGUCAUGUAACACCAAGUACACUGGGCUAUGGUCUGACCAAGUGAUGUCACCCAUAGAGCAUGUAGAGACUUGUGCUAAUGUGGGUUGAUCCACGUAAAAAGUGUCUAUACGGGUAUACGUGUUGUGUGGCGUCGAGUGAAAGGAGUAGUCUCUUUCCCCUGGGUGCAGCACUCUCCAACUAUCAUAUAGGUUGUGUAGUGUGAGCAGUUUGGACACUGCCUUGCACAUGGAGUUUACAAUCGCCCGUCUCGUCCCCUGGGGUAGGGCAGUCGUGUCGACCUCUGGGGAGGUGAAGAAAUUAAAGUCUCCGCAGAGCACCAGUCUACCUUGUCUAUAUUUAUCUAUGUCUUGCAGAAGACGUCUGAGGUAUUUUUCCGUCCCAGUGUUUGGGAAAUAGGCAGAUACCAAGGUAUAUUGGGCAUUAUUAAAAAGACCUACUAGUAAAACAUAUCUCCCUUGGGGAUCUACUAAUUUCGCCUGCUCCUGAAAUGCCAGAUCUUUAUGUAUGAAGAUGGAGGCCCCUUUCGUUUUACUUUCUGACAGGGCAUGGUAUUGGUUUGGGUAUAGUUUAGUGAAGAUUUCAGGGGCCCUAGUCUUUUUAAAAUGUGUCUCCUGGAUACAGGCUAUGUCGAUCCCUUGUUCUUUUAGUUCUUGCAAUAGUAGCCUUCGUUUACCUGGGGUGUUCAGCCCCUUGACGUUAUAGGUUAGUAAUUUCAUUUAGGAGUGUCAGUUGGAAACAGUGUGCUUAGGCGGGUCGGUUUUCGUCCCUCCGUAAUUAUAACAGGUUACUGCAAUUGUCCUGAGUGGGGGUUGUGCACUGCGCGCGCCACUGUGAAGUCUUAGAAUGUGACCAGUCAGGGAUUGAGGGAAGUAAGUAGGGGGGGAAACUGGGGUGAAAAGAACAAGUGGGUAAGGUACCCAUUUCGGCUCCAAGAAGUGGGGCCGUACCCUGCUGCCUAGCGUGGAGGCGCAGCUGCCGGGGGGGUGGAGGUGAAGUCGGCAAUUCUCUAGGUCGUGCACCAUAGAAAAAGCCAAAAACCGUGAGCAGUAUUAACAUACAACUAUGAUAGUUAACAAUGUGUGCAACCCGCUUUUAACAUUCUAUUCUUUACCUUAUAACUACUUGUACUCAAUAAUAGCAUAUUGUAUAGGAUAUAGUACUCAGUACUGUUCAGCCCCCGGUAGGGGGUGUUUUAGUACCUCUAAUCGGGCAGAGACAGGUUCUAGCCAGCAACAGCGCUUUCUGUUAUGCCUUGCACAUGUACUCCGGUAAAUAUCAACUAUCAGUACAUAGAUUAUAGAAGAAUGUCAACCAGUUUGCUUUCCCAGGAACAACUCUAACGGAGUUAUGCAUCUAUCUAUCAACUGUUAUAUACAUCACAUAGUUACGUAUGUCGGUAGGAAUGUUCAGAUCUCAUUGUGUUGUCCACUCCGGGGACAUCCGCGGAACUUUAGCUGCUUUGGUGGGGUGUAGGUUCUGGAUCGGGAUUCCCCAUUCUUUCAGCUGCUGGACACCUUGCGCCACUGUGUUGACGGGGUGUAUUGCGUCGUGGUGAGAGAUUAGGAGUUUAGCCGGGUAGCCCCAGCGGUAGUUCACGUUGUGUUCCCGCAGGGCGGAGGUGACCGGCCCCAUGGUUUUUCUGAAGUGUAGCGUGUCCGCUGAGAGAUCCGCAAAGAUCUUGAUGGAAGAGUAGGCUUCUGGCAUACCCGCUUUUCUGCUGGCUUUCAUUAUCCUCUCUUUGGCGUGGAAGAAAUGAAUCCUCGCAAUUACGUCUCGUGCGGCUGUCGUGGGCAGGUGUUUUGGUCUACGUAGCCUGUAUGCUCUGUCUAUGAUGAGUUGAUCCGGGUGGGUUUCUGGUGUGAGCCUCUGGAACAUGUCAAACAAAUAGUUGUGCAGUUCUGCAUUUGGUACAGAUUCCGGGAUCCCCCGGAAUCUGAGGUUGUUCCUCCGAGCUCUGUCCUCCAUGUCUGCUAGUUUUAACCUGUGUGUUUCUAGGGAGUCAUCCAGUUCCUGCAGUUUGUCAGCUAAGCUGUUGUGUGCCACUGCAUACUCAUCCAUCUUUGUUUCUAUCUGGGAGGUGCGGUUGCCAAUGUCAUGGAUGUCCUUUUGUAUUUCAGCUGUCAGUACUUGGAGCUGUUUUUUUAUAUUCAGCUGUAUAUUGUCUGAGAAUUCAGCCAUCAUUUCCCUGAUGGCUCUCAUAGUCAGGGGCUGUUCAUUUUCUGCAUGUGCAGGUGGUGUCUGAGGUGAGGGUGGGUGUUCCCGCCUGUUUUGGCCGCCGCCAUCUUGCUCCUCACCCUGCUUGGAGGCCGCGGUCUUUGUAAGGAAGAACGAGGCUCGGUCCGACUUCCCUGCUUUCGUUUUCUGCCGCUGUGACAUCGUGGGUGGUUGCUCAAUGCAGUCUGGUAGGUGAUCGCUCGGUGUUCCGCUUAUCCGUUGCUCUACACGGUUUUCUCGCCGGGAGCUGCUCCUACAUGCGUCUGCUCAGCUCCGGCGGUAAGCCACGCCCCGCCAUGAUAAAUUUUAUUGUAUUUUCACAAAAAUUACAUCUUUUAAGAACUGACUCCAAAAAAAUCCAGUCUACCUGAUCAAAUGCCUUUUGUGCAUCCAGAGAGACAGUUACCAGAGAUUUUUUUGUUAUUUAUAGCAAAAUCUAUUAUAUCAAUCCCGGUGUUACCAUAUGGUUGAUGACCACUAACAAAACCAACUUGAUUUUUAUGAAUUAUAAGUGCUAUUAUCUUUUUGAUUCUAUCUGCUAAAAUUGCAGAGACAUUUUUAAAAAAUUAUUUUUUUUUGCAGUUUACAGGUUUCCGUUUUACAGUAGGUUACAUUUGGUUACAAUAGUUUGCAGUAAUUUACAGGUACUUAAAACAUUAAGAGGGCAAUCAGUUACACAAUUGUUUUCUAUGUGGUAUUUCUCACAUGAACACGAGGUAUACGCUUUGUAAGUGUGGCCUAGGUCAUGAAGAACUUUUCUAGUUGGUUAACAUGUCACAUUUGUUACAUUUCCAAUGUUGUCAUUUCACUUCUGUGCGUAGCCCUAACUGUGUUGUCAGGCCUCGUAGUGUAGGUCCAUCAGACACUUUUCCAAGAGUUUACACAAUAGAUUGCCAAUAAACAUCUGUUAACGUGAGCUUCUACAUCCUUUUGAACCUAGUUUAAGGUGUGUUUUGUAACCAAGCCGUAUUGUUGGUACUCUUUGCUAUGUCAUGCCCUCUGUUGCAGAGAAAAUUUUGAUAUCACUGUUGACUAAGGAAAUGGGUCUGUAAUUUGAUACUAGUUUUGUAUCUUUCCCUUGUUUAGGGAUUGGAAUAAUGAUCGCUUGCAACAUUUCUCUAAGGAAUGGUUUAUUUUCCAAAAUGUCAUUAAAUACAUUUGUUAGAUUGGAAGAUAUUACAUGAGUCUAAUACUAUCCUUACCUUUUUGUGUCAUUUUACCCCACUCCCUCUAGCAUGUAAGCUCAUUGAGCAGGGCCCUCAACCCCUCUGUUCCUGUGUGUCCAACAUGUCUGGUUACAACUACAUAUCUGUUCGUCCACCCAUUGUAAAGCGCUGCAGAAUUUGACCGUGCUCUAUAAAUAUCAUAAUAUUAAUAAUAAUGAGACAUUUUUUAUACAAAUAAUUAGAGAAGCUGUCUGGGCCGGGAGAUUUGUUCUUCUUUAAUCUGUUAAAAGCUUGGAUAACGUCUUUCAUUUCAAUUGGCUUUUGUAAUGCUUCUCUAUGUUUAAUAUCCAGAGCUUGUAUAUUUGGAUUUUUUAGAUAGUCUGCGAUUUGCGAUCCAUUUUUUUAAAGAUCCCUAAUAUUAUAUAAUGAAGAAUAAUACUCUCUGAAUUAGGAGGCUAUUUGAUUGGGUGACCUACGAGAGUUAUUUUCUGUUGAAAUUCCGAAGAUUCUCUCCCUAAGAUUAGAGUUUUUAAGUUGAUUAGAUAAAAAUGUAUCUGCUCUGUUUCCCAGGUAAAAUUACUUCUGCUUCCAUUUAGUUAGGAUUUUAUUUGCUCUCUUUAACAUAAAAUCUCUAAUUUUACUCUUAGUUUGAUCAAUUUCUAAGAGGGUUUGUUGCUCCUUUGGGAGGAUUUUCUCUAGAUCGUCAAGUUUCAAAUAAAGAUCUGUCAGGGAUUGAUAAUUUUAUUUCUUAUUUUGAGCCUCUAUUUUAAUUAAACAUCCCCCAAUUAGGAAUUUAUAUGCUGCUCAAACAUUCCCCAAACUAACCUCAUCAUUUAGAUUCUCUUUAAAAUACAGGUUAGAGUUCAAAAUGAUUUCAUUUAGUGUUUUCUUAUCAUUCAACAUUGUGUCUCUAUGUUUCCAGCCACCUCUUCUUAAAAUGUAAUCUAUUUCAAUUUCCAUAACUACUGGAUUAUGUUCUGAUAUAAUCACCCUAUUUGAUUUUUAUUCCUUUACAUUUCCUAACUGUAUCACCAAAUGUCAUGAUCAUAUCCAAUCUAGAAAAUUUUGAUGUCUAUGAGGAUAAUAGGUAAAUUCCUUUCCAUAAGGGUUUAAUGUUCUCCAAAUGUCAUACAGUUUAAAUUUCCCAAUAGAUUCUUGUAACGAUCAGGCUCUUACUUUUGGAUCUAUUAUUUUAUCCUUUAAGCAAGAUUUAUCUUUUUCUACGUCAAUAAUGCAAUUAAAAUCACCUAAAAGUAUGAAUCUAUCAAUAAAUCUGUUCAUUAUAGUAUUGAAAAAAAUGGACCUUUCUAUCAUUUGGCGCAGAUAUAUUUAGAAAAGAAAAAAUCAUAUAAUUCUAUUUACAUAUUAAAAAAAGAUUGCUCUUCCCUUAGGAUCACAAUAUUUAUGUAUCCAUUUGUAUUUAACAUUUUUAGAAAUAAUAAUGGCUACUCCACAUUUUUUUUUAUCUUUUAGAGAUGCAUGAAUAAUAUUGGUCAUUUUUUGUACUAAAUCUAUUUGCAUCGACGCCCUUCCAAUGGGUCUCUUGUACUCCACAGCCUUCUAUAUUCUGUUUAAAAAGCCAAUCAUAUAAGGCUGUUCUCUUUUGGGUAAUAUUUAAACCUCGGGCUUUAUUAGAUUCUUCAUCCACCUAUCAAGAUCAGAUUUUUACAUAGGAGGAGACCACUCACAGACAUAACAUACAAUAAACCCAUAACACAUAACAAAAACCUAAGAAGAUCUGGAAAACCAUCUCUUCUAUACACAAAACCCCCCAAAGCCCUACUCUGGCCACAGCCCAAAACCAAUCCCAAAAAUGGGAUCAUGAAGAGAUUAUCUCUACCCCCCAUCUCUUCCUAAGAAAGAUGAUUGUUUGCUUUGGGGCAAGUGCACCUUCACGCCUAUUAUUUAGAAAAGCCUAUUAUUUGUAAAACCACGCUAACAAUUAUAAAAAGUAGGGGUGGAGAUGGGAGGAUUAUCCUUAGAUAUCUUCUCUAAGUUAUUUCUAAUAAAUGUAAACCCUAUAAAAAUUGGCCUCCUACAGUCAUUAAUUAUAUUACCAGGGUUCAAAACUGUUUUUACACCUUCAAUACCCAUGAAAUAUUAUAUUCAUUCAUAUUCCCUUACUAUAUUCAGCAAACAGUAUCAACGAUAUUCUCAGAGUUAUAGGGGAUAGUGCAAACAACAACAACAAAAAAAGAAAAAAGGUGUAAUUCUAUAUACACAAAAUCGUGUUUAGUGUUAUCUCUUGCAAAUUUUCAUUUAAAGCGGCACUGUCAUGCCGAACUUACCUUUCCUCAAUCUCUUCCUCUUCUCCCCCUCUCUCAGAAUCUGUUCUUCUUUUCUUCCUGUCUUCUUUAGUUUUCUUUAAAAUCAUAAGACAAAGUAGGGACUCUUUGCCUUAUGGAGGAUUCCUCCGCUUGACCAGCUCUGACCAGCGGAGGAGCAAAGUGUGCUUCAUUUCCGCUGGUCAGAGCAAUUUUCCCAUGAUCUUUACCUUUCCUCUGUGUCACUUUACACAAAACUGCCGAAUUGCGUUCUAACUGAAUAAGAACAGUAUGUUCGUUUCUUUUAGAACGCAAUUCGGCACUUUAUUCAGAUCGGAAUUUCAUUCGAAUGAAUGAAACUCCGAUCCUAUUGAUUGCUGUGGCUGCAUCUUGCAGCCGCUUAGUAGAUAACUCCCUAAUUCCCACGGUAUCAGGGAGCUAUCUACUAAAAGGCUGAAAGAUCUAAAUUGGUCUUUCAGCCACAUUUACUAAUACUAAGUAAAGGUUACUUAGUAUUAGUAAAUAAUAUGCCCCUACUCGCUAUACCGCGAGUAAGGGCAUGUCUGGUAAAGAGUGAGCAGCCUGUGGCUGCCCACUGUAAAAAAAACCCCAAAAAACAACUAUUGGCCCCCACCCCUAAACGACGGGUGGGGGCCCUAAAGUAAAAUAAGGGGGGAGACCUAAAGUCCCCCCCGGCCCCCACCCCUGCGCGGUGGGUGGGGGUCAUAAUGAUAAUGGGGGGGGACCUACUGCCCCCCCCGCUGGCCCCCACCCCUGGGCGGCGGGUGGGGGCCAUAAUGAUAAUGAGGGGGGGGACCUACUGUCCUCCCCCCCGGCCCUCACCCCUGGGCGGGGGCAAUAAUGAUAAUGAGGGGGGGGAACCUACUGUCCUCUCCCCUGGCCCCCACCCCUGGGCUGCAGGUGGGGGCCAUAAAGACAAUGGGGGGGAACCUACUGUCCACCUACUGUCCAUAAAGACAAUGGGGGGGGACCCCCCCCCCCCGACCGCCACCCCUGGGCGGCGGGUGGAGGCCCCUAAGUCAAUUUCCCCCCCUCCCAAGGUGACUAGGGGUCCCCAAGCCCCUAGUCACCCACCCCCUCCCACCCAUUAAAAAGUCCCUACCUACCCCCCUCACCCUAAAAAAUAGUGAGGGGGGAAUAAAAUAACUAACCUGUAAAAUAAAAUUAAACUUACCAUUCGACGUCUUCUUUUUUCUCAAAUCUUCAUUUUUCAGCCCCAAAAAAGGCCAAAUAAAAAACCAUCAUAACCGUCGAACUAAAAAAAAAAUAAAAUCCCGAGCGCAAAAAAAAAAACCCGACGAAAAAGAAAAAACCCAAGCGCAAAAAAAUAAUCCAUCUUCACCCAUGGAGGGCUUAUAAAGCCUUGCCCCGCCCUGCAAUUAGGCUAAGAACACUCUGAUUGGUGGGUUUAAGCCAAUCAGAGUGCUCUUUGUCAUUUUACACAGCGUGGGAAAAUUCUAAAGAAUUUUCCCACUGUGUAAAAUGACACAGAGCACUGUGUUUGGUGGGGGCCAGGGGUGGAGGUAGGACAGUAAGUACCCCCCCCCCCUCAUUAUCAAUAUGGCCCCCACCCGCCACGCAGGGGUGGGGGCAGGGGGGCAGAAGAUCCCCCCCCUCAUUAUCAAUAUGGCUCCCACCCGCCGCGCAGGGGUGGGGGCAGGGGGGGGACAAUAGGUCUCCCCCCUUAUUUUACUUUAGGGCCCCCACCCGUCAUUUAGGGGUGGGGGCCAAUAGUUGUUUUUUUUGUUUUGUUUUUUUACAGUGAGCAGCCACAGGCUGCUCACUGUUUAGUGAACAUGCCCCUACUCGCGGUAUAGCGAGUAGGGGCAUUGGGGGGAUUUUAAUCUCCCUUGUGCUAUUAUGGGGGUCAUAUUGACCCCCAUAGAGUGAGGGGGAUCUGGGGGAAGGGGGGGGCUUAUGAAGUGGUGGGGAGCACUGCUCCCUGCCGCUUCUAUAGUUACAUAUUACAAGGAGAGAGCUGCGUGCCGGUAGCUACCUCCUUGUAAUAACCUGCACGAACAAACAAACACUGAUACACAGAUACACAGAUACAUAGUGUUUGUUUGUUCGGCUGAUAUUUCUAUUCAUUCAUUCGUCUGUCUGAUGAAUGAAUAGAUGAAAUUCCCGUUCGUAUGUCCAGGUGUUUCACUGGGCAUGUGCGGGAAUCUCACAGUCUGUCAGUCAGUCUGUCUUGUCCCACAGGGACUUCAUCUACCCACACAAAGAUGGCUGCGCCCUGAAUAUAGAUCGGGGCAGAAAAUAAAGAUUAAAAAAUAGGUAAUGUGGGGGGGGCUUAGGGGCAUUUGGGAGUGACUAGGGUGUUAGUUAGAUGUAGUGGAGGCCAGAGGGGGUUAAAAAAAAAAACAGGAUUCGGCAUGACAGUGCCGCUUUAAGCUAUUAAUCAUCAAAAACCCUCCACGCAGCUAUAUCUGCUAUUCCAAUCUCAUAUAUCCUUUAAUUAAUCCCUUCUCUCUUCUAUUACUCAAAAUAUUCUUUUAUAGUGACUAACCCAUAGUAUAUCAUCCAAGACUUCUUUAUUAACUAUGUUAUACUAAUUUGUGUGUUUAGUGAAAAAUAUCUUGUAUCCCUAAAUGUUAUAAAUCUUAAAAAUACCUUAGAAAAUGUUAUAGUAUGUGCAUAAAAUUAUUACUUGUGUAACAAUAUUUCAUAAAUAGCUUUUAGUAUUACAACUGUGAGACUCGAUACUUCCAGAAUUUGCAUUGUUCAUCUGUUUCUACAAAUCCUAAUGUAGAUUUAGUCGCUUUUACUGAGACAUGGUAUAAUAAGAAAAAUGACUGGGACAUAGCAAUACCAGGGUACUCUUUAUAUAGAAAAGACAGGGAAGGCAAGAAAUGGGGAGAAGUGGCCCUGUAUGUGAAGGAUACCAUACAAUCUAGCCUAAUAAAAGUUAGUGAGGUGAACAUACUCUGUUUGGGUAAUGUUAGAAUUUGGUAAUCACACAGUAAUUUGUGUAGGUGUGAUUUAUAGGCCCCCAAGACAAAAAGAAGAGUUAGAUAAUCUACUAGUUGAGGAAAUAGCUCAAAUGAUAAUGAAGGGGGAAGUUAUCAUCAUGGGUGACUUUAUUCUUCCUGAUGUGAACUGGAAAACCAAAAUAGCUACUUGUGCCAGAGCACACAUAUUCUAAACUCCCUACUGGGAUUGUCUCUAAAACAAGUCGUUGAGGAGCCAACUCGUAAAGAGGCCAUACUAGAUUUAGUGUUAACAAAUGGAGAUUUGGUAUCAGAUAUUGCUAUAGGUGAAAGUUUAGGAUGCAGUGAUCAUCAGUCAGUGUGGUUUAAUAUAAGAACUGUGACUGAGUCACACCACACAAAACAAAUGUUUUAGGCUUUAGAAAAACAUACUUUUCUAAAAUUACAAUAUGUGUAGAGGAGUCAUUAUCAGACUGGAGCAAUUUAAAUGGAGUCCAAGAGAAAUGGGAUUAUUUAAAAGCUGCACUGCUGAAGGCAACAGAAAAUUGCAUUAGGCUAAUCAGUAAAAGCAGAAAGUUUAAGAAACCACAGUGGUACUCUGCAGAUGUGGCCAAAAUAGUAAAAAAACAAAAAGUUAGCAUUUAGUAUUACAAAAAAACACAGAGUGAGGAAUAUAGACAGAUCUAUAAGAUCAGGCAGAAAGAAGCUAAGCAAGUCAUAAGAGCUUCCAAAUCACACACAAAAGGAAAAAAAGCACAGUCAGUAAAAAAAGGGGACAAAACAUUUUUUAGAUACAUAAAUGAGAAAAGGAAAGUAAAACAAGGAUUAGUUAGAUUCAAAACAAAAGAAGGAAGUUCUUACAGAUGAAAAUUAAGAAAAGGGACCUCAGUUAGGGAAAAGGUCAAAUGGGUCAUUUUCUACAUGUGAGUUUACAGAGGAAGAGGUUCUAUUUCAACUGUCAAAAGUAAAGACAAAUAAGUAAAUGGGACCUGAUGGAAUACACCCAAAGUUAUUAAAAGAGCUUAGUGGUGUACUAGCAAAACCAUUAAUUUAUGUAACCAAUCAUUGUUAACAGGAAUAGUCCCAGAAGAUUGUAAGUUAGCGAAUGUUGUGCCCAUUCACAAGAAAGGUAGUAAUAGGAGUCAGGCAACUAUAGGCCAGUAAGCCUUACUUCAGUAAUGGGGAAAGUAAUUGAAACCAUGUUAAAAGAUAGGAUUGUUGAACAUCUAAAAUCACAUGGAUUUCAAGAUCAGAGACAACAUGGAUUUACUUCAGGGAGAUCAUGCCAAACUAAUCUAAUUGAUUUUUUGAUUGGGUAACUAAAAUAAUAGAUCAGGGUGGUGCAGACGUUGCUUACCUAGAUUUCAGUAAGGCUUUUGACACUAUUGCACAUAGAAGAUGCAACAAUCAAUAACCUGGAAUCUUUAAGUUUGGAUUCCAAUAUUGUUGAAUGGGUAAGGCAGUGGCUGAGUGACAGGCAACAGAGGGUUGUAGUCAAUGGAGUAUAUUCGAAGCAUGGUCCUGUCACCAGUGGGGUAACUUUAAGGAUCUGUACUUGGACCCAUUCUCUUUAAUAUUUUUAUUAGUGAUAUUGCAGAAGGUGGUAAGGUAUGUGGUAAGGUGGUAAGGUAAGGUAUGUCUUUUUGCUGAUGAUACUAAGAUAUGUAACAGGGUUGAUGUUCCAGGAGGGAUAAGCCAAAUGGCAAAUGAUUUAGGUAAACUAGAAAAAUGGUCACAGUUGUGGCAGCUGACAUUUAAUGUGGAUAAGUGCAAGAUCUUGGAUGUAAAAACCCAAGUACAGAGUACAGAAUAUUUACAGAGUCCUAACCUCAACAUCUGAGGAAAGGGAUUUAGGGAUAAUUAUUUCAGAUGACUUAAAGGUAGGCAGACAAUAUAAUAGAGCAGCAGGAAAUGCUAGCAGAGUGCUUGGUUGUAUAGGGAAAGGUAUUAGCAGUAGAAAGAGGAAAGUGCUCACGCCAUUGUACAGAACACUGGUGAGACCUCACUUGGAGUAUUGUACGCAGUACUGGAGAGCGUAUCUCCAGAAGGAUAUUGAUACUUUAGAGAGUUCAGAGAAGGGCUACUAAACUGGUUCAUGGAUUGCAAGAUAAAACUUACAAGGAAACGUUAAACGAUCUUAACAUGUAUAGCUUGGGGGAAAGAUGAGACAGGGGGGAUAUGAUAGAAACAUUUAAAUACAUAAAUUGAAUCAAAUCAACACAGUAAAGGAGGAGACUAUAUUUAAAAGAAGAAAGACUACCACAACAAGAGGACAUAGUCUUAAACUAGAGGGGCAAAGGUUUAAAAACAAUAUCCGGAAGUAUUACUUUACUGAGAGAGUAGUGGAUGCAUGGAAUAGCCUUCCAUCUGAAGUGGUAGAGGUUAAUACAGUAAAGGAGUUUAAGCAUGUGUGGGAUAGGCAUAAGGCUAUCCUAACUAUAAGAUAAGGCUAGGGACUAAUGAAAGCAUUUAGAAAAUUGGGCAGACUAGAUGGGCCGAAUGGUUCUUAUCUGCUGUCUCAUUCUAUGUUUCUUUCUUUUUCUCUACAUAUGGUUAACAAAAUAAAAAUAAAAUAAAAACAAUUCUAUUCCCUCACUCCCUUUGCUCAAUCUCUACCCCACCCCCUUCCCCUUCCAAAUCAAGAUUGCCAUCAAACCUGCCUUUUUUCUAGAACUUCAUUUAAACUUGUUUCUUUAGAGUUCAUUAGAGAAUUGUUCAGCCAAUCCUGAGUUUGUCUAGCCAUAUUAAAAAUAAGAUUUUUUCCUUCAUACAUAAGAAUAAAUUUUAUUGGGAUUCUCCAUCGAUACUUUAUGUUCUUGGUUCUGAGAAUGUCCAAUGUUGGUUUCAAUUCUCUUCUGAUUUGUCUAGUUUUGGUAGAAAGGUCUUGAUCGAAGUAAAGAUUCUGUAAUUUUCCUUCCUCUGUAUUAAAAUUUCUUGCAGCGGAUAAGAUUUUUUUGUUUUAUAUAAAUUUCUCUUUUUAUGAUGAUAUCACGUGAUAUUUCUUUGGGGGAGAUAGCUGGGUUUAGGGAGACUGUGGACUCUUUCAAUUAUUUCUUCACCAUGUGCCUGUUGGUGAGGAAUCCACUUUUUUCCGAGAUGCCCCUUAUUUUCAAGUUUUUUUCUUCUUGCUCUGUCUCCUGCAUCUAUGAUUUGAGUCUCUAGUGUGUUCCUUUUUUUUCUCCAUUUUGUUAUUUUAUUUUAUUUUAGUUAUCUAUUUCUCUGUUCAUUAAUUUCGAAUUGGAGUGAUUCAAUUUUAUAUUCAUUUUCUUUAAUUCUUUCAUUCAUUUUAGACAUUUCCUGUUUUAGAUCACUCAUAUGGAUUCUAAGUUCUUCUUUAAUUUGGUUUAGAUGAAUCUCCAAACACUGUUUAAUAUAAUCUUGCGAUGCGAGAUGUACUUCUGGUGAUUUUGGACUUGUCAUUUUUGAACUGUGUGGUUCAGAUUCAUUAGUAUCAUUGUCUGGAAUAUCAGAGACAUUUUUUUUGCCAGUAACAAUCUGGGUUUGGGGUCCGUUGGUUUAAGAGAGGGGGAAAAUGUAAAUAAUCUUCUUUCACUUUUAAGAGGUUUCUCGUCUUUUUUCUCUUUUUUUGAUGUUUGUUUGGUCUCAUUAGGUUUUUUAUUCCCCAUUUUGUUGAUCUACACUGACUCUCCUUCUCUCUUACUUCCCCUUUAAAUUUGAGGGAGAAUAUGGCUCCCUUUUAGUCCAGAUUUUUUCCAGACACUUAUCAAAAAAUUUAACUGGUAUAGUUUCUCGCCAGUGAGACUUUCACUUCCUGUAUUUUAGCUAGGAAGAAUCUUUUUUAGCUGUAAUUUCUCAGUAGUUUGACUGCGAUUUGACAGAGUUGUCUUUAAAGGACCACUAUAGUGCCAGGAAAACAUACUCGUUUUCCUGGCACUAUAGGGUCUCUUGGUCCCCCUCCCGCCGGGCUGUAGGGUGAGGAAGGGGUUAAAAUCCUCACCUUUUCUCCACCGCCGGGCUCCCUCGGCAGUGGGGACUCUCCAUCUCCUUUCCCCGUCAUCGGCUGAAUGCGCAUGCGCGCACGCAUUCAGCCAGUCUCAUAGGAAAGCAUUCUCAAUGCUUUCCUAUGGACGCUGGCAUCUUCUCACUGUGAAAAUCACAGUGAGAAGCGCGGAAGCGCCUCUAGUGGCUGUCAAUGUUUACAGCAGAAAGGGUUUAUCCUAGAUGGACCUGGCAGCCAGACCACUUCAUUAAGCUGAAGUGGUCUGGGUGCCUAUAGUGGUCCUUUAACUUAACAACCAUACAGGGAUUUCCAGCUUUUAUCCCAAUCUUAAUAUUCUCUGAGCAUGGAAAAUCUGCAUUUUGUAGAGACUUUAACAGCUAUCUUUAGCUACUAUAAAGUCAUACAUGAAAAAUGAUAUGUUAUUUUAAAUGCAAGUUAUGCUGCCUGUUGUGUAGCGUGGUUUAUCCACAUAACUUCUAAUCGACCAGCUAUCCCCUACGUGCACUUAUCUGUCCGGCUAGAAGGCUUCAGGCACUGACUGCGGUAAACGUCCCCUGCAAUGUCUUAUAUAAGUAUUCCCUUGAGAUCACUUAGGAAUCUUGAGGGGUCGUCAAGCCACUGGGUUUGCCUCUGGUAGUUUGUAGGUUUUGGCUGACAGGCUUUCUCGCUGCGGCUUCAGCAUCGGCGUGUCGCAAGGAGAUGGAAAGCACUCACUCUCACUGCUGCGCAAUCUGGACGCUCCGCCCACUCAGCGUUCUAAGUCAUGACUGACCACGAUUGACGUAAGCCAAAAGAGGAUAUUCAUUCUUUUUUAUUUAAAAUAUAUGGGUGUGUUUUAUAAUCUGAUGCAUCUUAUAUUCCUAAAAAUAUGGUAUAUUACUUGUGUGCACAAAACCAUUUUAAAAAAUUAAUAAAACGUAAUAAUGUAAUUAAAAAAUGUUUGUGCUGUUUUCCACCUUACAUGUUUUUUGGUGAAUUACAGAUAAAAGAUGAAGCAGAGCGAGCCUUACAGGCCAAGAACGUCCCUCUGGAUGUGGCUGUGGAGAGUCUAACUUAUCGAGAGCGUCGUAGGGACAUUGAUCUGGUGAUGGAUCCAGUGGAAGCUGAGCUUCACAAAGAGGUGGAGGUGAUCGAAGCUGUCCGCAAGGCACUGCAGCAGAAGAUCAGUGAGGCUUUCGAGCAGCUGUGGUAAGAUUUCCACAAUGGAUUUCAUUUAUUUUUACGGAUUACAAGAAUUUUGGAUGGAGACCGUUUGCUGCUAGCCUGAACUGAUUGCCAUUUAGUACAAUAAACAUCCCGUAACAUACUGCUAAUGCAAGCAUUAUAUGAUCUGCAGCCUCAACAACACGGGAGAGAUAAAAAAAAAAAACGACAAAUUCUCUAAAAUAAUAUACAUGGCCGGAUUUACCAUAAGGCCGCCAAGGCCUCUGGGCGGAACACGGGAGUGGGGCAACCCUGCUGAAACCCUGUAUCGUUAAUGGGACAUCAAGAGUGCUCAUAUGAAAAGGGAAAUACUUCUUUCCUCAAAGGAAGGAGGUAAAACUAGAAGAGAAUUACUGGGGACACAUAAGAGGAGAAGUGAGUGAAGGAGAGAGGGGAUAUAAGAAGAGAACAAGUGAAUGAAAAGGGAGAUAAGAGGUCACAUGUGAUGGUUGGGAGAAAAGAAUUGAGCAAUUGUGUAAAGCAGAGUGGAAGAGUGAAACAGGUGAUUAAAGGAGGAGAGAAGAGGGGUUCAGGCAAGGGAUGGGGACAGAGAAGAGGGGUUCAAAGAAGGGAUGGGGACAAAGAUGUGGGAAACAAGUGAGAAAUGGGGGGAAAGAGGGGUAUAAGUGAGGGGUGUACUCACUUUUGUAAGGUACUGUAUGUAUGUGUGUGUGUGUAUAUCUAUAUAUAUAUGUAUAUGUAAAAUAGAAGUUUGAAGGCACUGUUUUCAGUUCUGAGAACCACGAAAUUCUUUAGAUAAUAUAGCCUCGGUGCUCCACAGUGGAACUAUAAUACAUUCUUCAAAUAUUGGAAAGGAGUAGGCACUCACAGGACUUUAUGAUGUUAUGAAAAAGUUAAAAAGUUUUUAAUUGUGCAGCGUCAAUGUUUCGGACCCACUCGUGGUCAUAUAUAUAUAUAUAUAUAUAUAUAUAUAUAUAUAUAUAUAUAUAUAUAUAUAUAUAUAUAUAUAUAUAUAUAUAUAUAUAUAUAUAUAUAUAUAUAUAUAUAUACAUACAUACAUAUAUAUAUAUAUAUAUAUAUAUUUAUAUAUAUAUAUAUAUAUAUAAAACGUGUGGGAAGCAGAAAGGGUAAAUUCAGCGCUGCUUAUCCCCAUGCCCUAUUUUCCUUAGUCCAAAUUGCACCAAUGAUUUCCAUGACACAGUCUGAGAUGGUCAAAAAUGUAGUAGUUAGUGCAGUAACUAUAGCCUAUUUACAUCUCACAGGUGUAUUGAAUUUCAAACUUAAGGUCAAAAUAGCCAAACUGGAAAAAUCAGCUAUGCUUUCAGUUUGGUUAUUCCUAAAUUUUAACUUCUCUUUAAAUUGUCACUUAAUAAAUAACCCACUUGAGAUCUAGUAAUCCUAAUGGAAGUGUGGUACCUGUUUUUGUCACCUUGGUCUGCCAUAGAAGACAAGAAAUGUCCAUAGGUACUUCACCGCUCUGUAGUAAGUGAGCACACGUUUACAGUCUGUUCGGGCCUUACUGAUAGUUGAAGAAUUAUUUAGUUGAGCUUGGGUGCUUUUGUUACAUUACCUUAAAAACUUAAAUAACAUACAGCAGCCACUUAUUUAAAUAUUCACUUCACAAAUGAAUCACUGUGUCCACAGACAAUAUUAUCUUAGGAAUGUAGUUCAACUUGAAGGUGGCAAAUAAAAUGAUUUGGCAUCAGACAAAGGUUUACAGAAAUUUACACUCAAUUUAUUGAAGGAACACUGUAGUGGUUAUGGUGCCAGGAGUGCACUGGCACCCUCAAAGAGUACGUGGUCAAGUUAUCCUCAAUUCUGAGUUUAGGAAGGAACAUGUCAUGUAGGUAGAUGCCCUUAACGACUCUUCUGUAUCAUAACAACAUGUAAGUCCUAAUUAUUACUAUUAUUAUUAUUAUUGCCAUUUAUAUAGUGCCAACAGAUUUUGCAGGGCUUUAACUAGAAAUAGGACAAUUACAAGAAAACUUACAGGAACGAUAGGUUGAAGAAGACCCUGCUCAAACGAGCUAACAGUCUAUAGAAGGUGGGGUAUAAAACACAUUAGGACAGGAAAUAGCAAUCAAAUAAGGUGGGAGUAAAACAGAGCUGGAGGAGAGAGUAUGCGGCCCUUUAGGAGAGCAAGAUACAGGUAUGUGAGGUAGAUGUUACUCUGGGAGGCCCUAAGCUUUCCUAAAGAGAUGGGUUUUAAGGCACUUCUUAAAAGAUGCAAGACCAGGGGAGAGUCUGAUGGCGGUCGGCAGGCUAUUCCAUAGGAAGGGAGCCACCCGCAAGAAGACCUGCAAGCGUGAGUUGGCCGUAUGGGUGCGAGCAACGUACAGGAGAAGGUCACGGGCAGAGCGGAGAGACCGAGAUAUAUAUAUAUAUAUAUAUAUAUAUAUAUAUAUAUAUACAUACAUACAUAUAUAUAUAUAUAUAUAUAUAUUUAUAUAUAUAUAUAUAUAUAUAAAACGUGUGGGAAGCAGAAAGGGUAAAUUCAGCGCUGCUUAUCCCCAUGCCCUAUUUUCCUUAGUCCAAAUUGCACCAAUGAUUUCCAUGACACAGUCUGAGAUGGUCAAAAAUGUAGUAGUUAGUGCAGUAACUAUAGCCUAUUUACAUCUCACAGGUGUAUUGAAUUUCAAACUUAAGGUCAAAAUAGCCAAACUGGAAAAAUCAGCUAUGCUUUCAGUUUGGUUAUUCCUAAAUUUUAACUUCUCUUUAAAUUGUCACUUAAUAAAUAACCCACUUGAGAUCUAGUAAUCCUAAUGGAAGUGUGGUACCUGUUUUUGUCACCUUGGUCUGCCAUAGAAGACAAGAAAUGUCCAUAGGUACUUCACCGCUCUGUAGUAAGUGAGCACACGUUUACAGUCUGUUCGGGCCUUACUGAUAGUUGAAGAAUUAUUUAGUUGAGCUUGGGUGCUUUUGUUACAUUACCUUAAAAACUUAAAUAACAUACAGCAGCCACUUAUUUAAAUAUUCACUUCACAAAUGAAUCACUGUGUCCACAGACAAUAUUAUCUUAGGAAUGUAGUUCAACUUGAAGGUGGCAAAUAAAAUGAUUUGGCAUCAGAGAAAGGUUUACUGAAAUUUACACUCAAUUUAUUGAAGGAACACUGUAGUGGUUAUGGUGCCAGGAGUGCACUGGCACCCUCAAAGAGUACGUGGUCAAGUUAUCCUCAAUUCUGAGUUUAGGAAGGAACAUGUCAUGUAGGUAGAUGCCCUUAACGACUCUUCUGUAUCAUAACAACAUGUAAGUCCUAAUUAUUACUAUUAUUAUUAUUAUUGCCAUUUAUAUAGUGCCAACAGAUUUUGCAGGGCUUUAACUAGAAAUAGGACAAUUACAAGAAAACUUACAGGAACGAUAGGUUGAAGAAGACCCUGCUCAAACGAGCUAACAGUCUAUAGAAGGUGGGGUAUAAAACACAUUAGGACAGGAAAUAGCAAUCAAAUAAGGUGGGAGUAAAACAGAGCAGGUAUGUGAGGUAGAUGUUACUCUGGGAGGCCCUAAGCUUUCCCAAAGAGAUGGGUUUUAAGGCACUUCUUAAAAGAUGCAAGACCAGGGGAGAGUCUGAUGGCGGUCGGCAGGCUAUUCCAUAGGAAGGGAGCCACCCGCAAGAAGACCUGCAAGCGUGAGUUGGCCGUAUGGGUGCGAGCAACGUACAGGAGAAGGUCACGGGCAGAGCGGAGAGACCGAGAAGGGGCAUACCUAUGGAUCUGUAAAGAGAUAUAAGAGAUCUGUAAAGAGAUUGUUCAGUGCUUUAUAGGUCUGGGUUAGCACUUUGAAUUGACUUUUAUAGGAUACAGGAAACCAAUGUAAGGACUGAAAGAGGGGUGUAAGAGGAUCGACUUUAGAGGAAAUUCAGUCUGGCGGCAGCAUUCAUUACAGACUGUAGCAGGGAAAUAUGGCUUUUGGGAAGACCAAUUAGGAGAGGGUUUCAAUAAUCCAUGCGGGAAAUUACUAGAGAAUGGACAAGCUCCUUGGUAGCAUCUUGCGUAAGAAAGGGGCGGAUGCAGGCUAUGUUUUUAAGAUGGAAUCAACAGGAUUUAGCAACAUACUGGAUGUGAGGCUCAAAUAUGAGGCCAGAAUCAAGUAUGACACCAAGACAGAGCGCUUGCAGUGAUGGACUAAUGUGGAAAACACUAACUUAAAGGGAGAGCGAAAGAGGAGGAUCAGUAUUAGGCAGAGAAAAGACAAGGAGCUCAGUUUUAAAGAGAUUGAGUUUCAGAAAGCAGGAGGACAUCCAGUCAGAGAUGGAAGAAAGGCAAGCAGUGACAUGUUGCAGGGGAGAGGUCCGGGGAGGAGAGAUAUAUCUGGGUGUCAUCAGUGUACAGGUGGCAGUGGAAUCCAAGAGACGUAAUAAGUUUGCCAAGAGAGGCAGUAUAAAGAGAAAAUAGAAGGGGACCAAGGACAGAGCCUUGGGGGACUCCAACCGAGACAGGACGAGGGGAGGAGGUAUCAUUAGAAAAGGAGGCACUGAAUGAGCGUUGGGAGAGAUAAGAGGAAAAACACGAGAGGACAGAGUCACAGAGACCGAGUGAUUGAAGAGUUUGAAGAAGGGGAGAGCAUGAUCAACUGUGUCAAAGGCAGCAGAGAGGUCAAGAAGAAUUAGUAUGGAGUAGUGGCCUUUGGAUUUAGCUGCGAUUAGGUCGUUAGUAACUUUGAUAAGAGCAGUCUCAGUAGAGUGGAGAGGGUGGAAGCCAGAUUGAAGAGGGCCAAGGAGAGAGUUGGAAUUGAGGAAGUGAGACAUAUGGGUAAAGACAAGUAUUUCCAGAAGCUUUGAGGAAAAAGAAAGCAGGGAUAUGGGACGAUAGUUAGAGGGGGAGGACGGGUCAAGCGAUGUUUUUUUUCGGGAUAGGUACUACAGUGGCAUGCUUAAGGUCGGCAGAGACAAUGCCAGAAGAGAGAGAGAGCAGUUGAAGAUGUGUGUUAAGGAAGGCACAAGACAAGGGGAGAGAGAUCUGAUAAGGUGAGAUGGGACAGGAUCGAGUGUUCAAGUGGUGGGGCAAGAGGAAAGGAGAAGUGCAGCCACCUCUUGUUCAGUAGCCAGGGAGAAAGUCUGAUGAUUAGGAAAGGCAUGAUCUAAACCUGCAGUGGAUUUUGUAAUAUUGCAAACAGAGCGUGCUUUCCACAGGGCAGUAUUGAAGGAGGAUUUAGAAGAAGAGUAACAAAUGAGAUGGGUAUGAGAUUGGUGUGGUUCCUUGAGUUAGUACGUGGUGGGUUUGGAGAUGGGACCGGGGUUUGGAGAGACAUCAGCAGCAGCUAAGAGCAGAAGGAUAGAAAGGAAGUGAAGGUGGGAGUAGGAUAAUAGUUUUUGCCCAGUCUAAAAAACACAUUUGUCUCCUCCCCCAGCCUCCUUCAGGAAACCCGUCAACAACUGAACUGGGAUCACAGAUGUAAGGUGGAGACCAUAGAAAUAGACCGGACCUGUCUGUCACUUAACAAGAAUUCUCCAAACAUUUCCUUGAAACCAGAUCCAAAACGUGUACCAUCUGGGUAGGAACAUUUUCUGCCUUAAUUCUAUAGGACAGGAUUUAUGAUGAUUGAAGUUUGUAUGCUAAAAGGAGGUGUGGUUCUUAAAUCUGUGUAUUAAGAGAGAGCUGCAGAAGGUUUGCAGAAGGUGCAGUAGAAACAACUUAAAGAGAUACUCUAAGUACAAUAGCCACUUCAUCUUAAAUAAGUGGUAUUGAUGCAUAGAUGCUGUAACUUUUGAUUGGCAGUGUAAAGCAUUGCCAUUUCAGAGUAAUACUAAUGUCUACAAUCAAGCAAAUGCUGCAUAGACAGGAUCAACGUGAUCCCACAGCAGUACUUAUGUAAUAGGGAUAUGCAGCAAAGUCCUGUUCCCAAGUACCCCCUCCCAACAGUUACAUUGCAGAGCACUGUGCUAGUGACCUUUAUUUUUUUGUAUGAGUCAGCUGCUUUGAGUAAAAUAAAUUAUAAUCAUAAAAAGAAAAACCCCACUAAAAUGUGGUGUGUCCCCUCCACUAACAGUAGAGAUCCAUGGCUGAAGAGUCCCUUAUUCUGAAUUUCAGCCAACAAAGCCCCUGUCAGCAACAAUUAUGGUCAUCAUACACAACAUUGUGAUUCUGAAUGCAUCCAAUGCUUCUCUGUGAGAAGCAUUGGAUUGGCAGAUUGUGGUGAAUGCUUCACAUGUGUCCUAUGUCCUCAAUGCUUCUUCAUAAGAAUCAAUGGACUUGACAAACUCAUCAGAAUUGAUGACCUCAUUAGAGGUAGAGCAACUGCAGAGAGGAGGGAGUCUCAACACACUGAAUUAUAGAAUAUGGUUUAUACUUUUUUAUAAAAAUAAAUGUUUUGAUUGGCCUUGUUUUUUUGUAUAACGGGAGGUGGGGACUAUCAAUGUGAGUUGGGGGAUAUCCUUUAUAGCAUAUCAAGAAUAGGUAGGAUAUGUUGUAGUCAUGUGUAUCUACAUAAGAAUGGUUACUUGUCAAUAGAACCACAACCCCCCUGGAAUGGGAACAGUACAGCCAGUACAACAAAGAACGGGCAGAGGCUGAAAUACGGGGAUCUACUCAACUGAGAGAAGCUAUUGCACUGACUAUUGCACAGGUACCAUCAAACCUAAGACUUGUUACCUAAUAUUCUCAUACUACUUACACCUAUUUUAUACUGCUAUCUACAUUUAUAAAUGGAAAGAAGAAAUGUAAGGUUUAGAAGUGUUUAGAAGCAUACCUCCCAAGUGACCUGAUAAAACAGUUCAUAUUGAGGAUCAGAAUUGCACUGACCCUACUUUUUCUCAGUUGUAUUCAAAAAAUGAGAAUUACAAAAAUGUGCUUAAAGGAACACUAUAGUCACCUAAACAACUUUAGCUUAAUGAAGCAGUUUAGUGUAUAGAUCCUGCUUCUAAUGUUUCACUGCUCAAUUCACUGCCAUUUAGGAGUUAAAUCACAUUUUUAUGUUUAUGCAGCCCUUGACACAGCUCCCUUGGCCCUGAUUGACACAGCCUGCAUGAAAAAACUGGUUUCACUUUCAAUCAGAUGUAAUUUAUCUUAAACAAUUGUAUCUCUUUCUCUGUAAACUGAACUUUAAUCACAUACAGGAGGCUCUUGCAGGGUCUAGCAAGCUAUUAACAUAGCAGGGGAUAAGAAAAACUAAAUUAAACAGAACUUGCAAUAAAGGAAGGAUAAACUUUAGACGACUCUUUACAGGAAGUGUUUAGGAAGGCUGUGCAAGUCACAUCCAGGGAGGUGUGACUAGGGUUCAUAAAAAGUGAUUUAACUCCUAAAUGGCAGAGAAUUUAGAAGUAAGACUGCAGGGACAUGAUUUGUACACCAAAAUUGCUUCAUUAAGCUAAAGUUGUUUUGGUGACUAUAGUGUCCCUUUAAUGAAGUGUCUGUUGAACACCAUAUAUAAUAUUUGUUCAAGAUUGUUGCAUUUUUGUUGCUCUUUACACCUUUGUUACCAACUCAUGUCAUGGGAUCUUGGGCUUCUGAUUUUUUUUUUAUUCGUACCCUGUAUAGAUACUAGAUAAUUCAUCAUUUAGUUCCAAACUAAAUUCCUGUAUGUUCUUUAGCAAACAUAUGUAUGGAUGCACUAAAUAAGGGAGAGAGAAAUUAUAGUUGGAGAAAUAUAAAACAAAAAAAUGCUAAUUAUCAGGAAUCCAAAGUGAAUUUCAAAUUUAAGUCCAAAAAAGCCGAGCUGGAAGCACAGUUAACUUGGAGAAGCUUUCCAAUUUAGCUAUUUUGGCCUUACAUUUGCAAUUCACCUAAAAUUCACUUUGAAAUCCUGAUUAGGAUAUAUUUUCAAACAUGCAAUGCAGUGUUUCAGUUUGAACACUAGACGUCAGCCUUCUAUUAAAAUGUACCAAAGGAAAAAAAGAAACAACAUUUCCAGAUGUUUAUAAUGUAAAAGAGUGUCUCCUCUCCCCCACCCCAAUCGUACAAACAGGUUUUUUUUUUUACCAGAUUUACCAUUUCCCCCAAUAUAGACUUAUAAUGAACUGGAGGCUCAGAGAGUUGCUGUUGAGUUCGCUUUCAGGAAGAGGAUACGGGAAUUUGAAAAGGCUCACAAUGAACUAAAAUGGCAAGAGAAAAAUGUAAGCUACUGUCUUGUGUCCACCAAAACAUCUGGCUGUUUAUAUUUAUAUCGGUCUCUUUUAGUAAGAGACAUUUAUUAAGGAAACAAAAUAACAUUUUAGUGAUUUUACAUACAGCUACAAUGUAUGUUAGAGUUCUGAUUCGCUUACUGGCACUGGCUGAAGGUGCUCACCAGACUUAAUGCUUGAAGCCUUCUCACUCAGGUGAGUCAAGGGGAUGCAGCUGAUUCCCCACUCUCCAUUGAAAAGUCUGCUGAGCCCCGUUAUCCUUCCCUCUGGACCCCACCAACGCAGAUAUUCACAGUAUACUUUGUGAAAUCAAACAAAAAAAACCAUGCUCAACAAUCUGAGUGUCUCAAGAUGGCAGCUACCCAUGGUCCACAACCUGGGGCUGUCUCGGGACACAAUGUAGUGGGGAGGUUGGACAGUGUGUAAUGGGUCCGGUACUUGCUCGGAGCUGAGGAUGUGGGGUCAGGGAAUGCACUAUUGCUGUUUUUAUAUAUAUCCUGUGGAGUACGACGGAAUCAAAGUCGGACGGACAGACCCACUUCUCCAGUAUAUCCUCUAGCGGGGAUUAUACCGCUAAGCGCCCUUCAUUCCAGAGCUGGCCUUAGCUCCACCAAAUGUGAGUGUACUAUCCUCCUUUUUAUUUAUUUUACCUUUAGAGCUACAAUAUUAUACCAUUGGAAGCUUGUUGUGUUUUUUAUCUUUACAUAUACGGAUUACCUACAACCCGGACGGAUCAACUCCUGAGGAUUGUACACAUACCCCAUCCAUAUACCAGUGAGACGGUUUUAUGUAUUUUAUUGAACAUUAUACUAUUUGAUUUCUACUGAACAUUUUAAACACUUGGGUGGACUUUGUUUUACCUACUUUUUUUAUGGUAUUUUAAUAGAGACUAUUAUACCUAGGUUCUUCUAUUGCUGUCUAUUCAUUUUGGCAUAUUCAAUUUUUACCAUAUUAUUUCUUGUAUACUAGCGCAGCCCUUACCUCUAUCUUUUUUUCAUGAUAGAAAGUUGUCAGAUCACACAUUGCAUUGAAGUUUGCUGCAUAAGAUGCUGCGUAGCAGCAGACUGGCCAGAGUGCACAUGAUGACACCAAUCCACCACUGAAAGUGCCUUUUAUGGGGAUGUGCACAUCAGAAUUGGACCAUGAAGCAAUGGAAGAAGGUUUUCUUUUAGCUCGGGUGGAUGGCCGAGUUCUUGUGCCUUGUUUACCUGAGGAAGAGAUGGCAGCAGAAUGCAUUAUGAGAAGAAGGCAGGCUGGCAGAGGAAGUGCUAUGCUUUGGGCAAUGUUCUGCUGGGAAUCCUUGCGUCCUAGCAUUCAUGUGGAUGUUACUUUGUUCAAAAUGUGUUCAGGAAUGGUUUGAGGGACAUGACAUAGACCUCAAGGUGUUACCUUGGCCUCCAAAUUCCGCAGGUCUCAAUCCGAUGGAGCAUCUGUAGGAUUUGCUGGAACAACAAAUCCGAUCCAUGGAGGCUCUCCUCACAGGUUGCAGGACUUAAGGGAUCUGCUGCUAAUGUCUUGGUGCCAGAUACCACAGAACAUUUUUAGCGAUCUUGUGGAAUCCAUGCCUCGACACAUUAGAGGUGUUUUGGCAGCUCAAGGGGGAUCUACAUGAUAUUAGACAGGUGGUUUUAAUGUUGUGGCUAAUCAAUGUAUAACCAGACAAUCUGCAUGCCUACAUCACUUGCAAAUGAUACAGAACCAUAUGUUCUAGAAGAUUACUUUUGUCAUUAAAUGAGCAUUAAAUGAAAAGCUUCAAUGUAAUUCUCUUUUAAUGACUGACAAUUGGUCUACAUAUUUUUAAAAAAUGAACAAGGGACUGUGUGUUUUGAGUAAACCACUAUCAAGAAACAAUUAGUACUUUGCACUAAAGUACUAAUUUCUGGUAUUUCACUUAAUUUCAGGUGUAGUUGACUCUUUAUUGAGUUGUUUUUCAGUAAAAUGUAUGUACAUUUAUUCGUAUGCUUUUGGGAAACAAAAAUUCUUGUCUGGGAGCGAAAGUUUUUUUCCCCUCUUUGAUUGAAGUUUAAAUAAAGUAAGCGCUUCAUAAUUUAAAAAAAUAAAUAAAAAGAAUAUGUGAAUGCAGAUACAGUAUAGGUUUGUGUAUACUUAGAAGCCAAACUCCUAGUAGCCUUUAGUAGCUGCUAAUUAAGUAAUAACUAUAUGGAGAAAGCAGUAUAAUUCUCAACAGUCCCAGAUCUGGUGGGACCAUUCCAGGGAACUAACACUGGAUUUUGGAAUAGGAGAUGCUGUCCCCAGGAAGCAUAGCAUGAAUGCCUCAUUUGAUAUACUCGCACCAGAUGAGGCCACUAGGACCAAGCAGAGUGUUUGGACAAUGCUAGUGCCACAAGAAGUGUUGCUGGAAGACUCCUUUCAAACCACUUGUACUGUAAAUUUAAACUGAAAGUUGGGUCUAUUUACCUCCUGAACUAUAAUUUGAUUUUCUUUCUUGAAAAAAUGUUAGAUCUUUGCGAGCAAACAUAGUUGUUGUAUAAAAUAUUACCUUGUCAUCCCUCUUGUCAAAGACUAAGGAGGAGAUAGAAGAGAUGGAAGAAGACAUCAGGCGCCUGGAAGCAGAUCUGAAAGAUAAGAGAGGGCCUCUAAAGCUGGCUCAUACUCGCUUGGAGACACGCACAUUUCGACCCAAUAUGGAACUCUGUAGAGACCAGGUAUAACACGUUGUUUAAGUUCUUCCACUUGAAUAGCCUAGUUCAGGGGUAGGCAACCUUUGGAACUCCAGAUGUUGUGGACUGCAUCUUCCAUGAUGCUUUGCCAGCAUUCUGGCAAUAAAAGCAUUCUGGUAGAUGUAGUCCACAACAUCUGGAGUGCCGAAGGUUGCCUACACCUGGCCUAGUUUAUCAAGCAUCCUUAUAAGAAGUGAUAAAAACCAAAACCUUAUUUCUCUUUAUUUGCCCAGGCACAAUACGGCUUGACGGAUGAAGUCCACCAGCUUGAGGGCACUAUUGCUGCUCUGAAGCAAAAGCUAGCACAAUCCCAGUAAGUUUAAGUUUAAUGAUUGAUUUACCUUUGAUUAGGAGUACAUUUAAAAGUUACAAGCGAAAUAUUAAAACCAGUCCUUUAAGGAUUAGUGAGAAUUGAGUUUCCUAACAGGGUAUCGGUGAAAGAUUUCCUGCUUUUGUGCAACCAAUGCAUUGAUGUCCGGCAUAGUGUAGGUGAUCUAAUGCUACUUUGGGCUAAAAGCUCCAUGUCUCCUAUUAGCAGGGCUAGUAGGUUCAUUAACACCUGAAAUAACUAAAAUUAAUUAGUAGUUUUAAGACCUGAAUGCACUAUGUACAAAAUUAUCUAUGGCUAUGCAUAUGAGUGCAGCAAGGUUUGCAAAUCCUUGCUGCUAUGCUGAAUAGGAUGAAAUGAGAAAGGGACAGCAAUAGCUAUACUAAACACGGGUAACAUAAAUUAGUGUUCUUUAUUGAAUGUGUUUUCUUUUUCAAAUACAUCCCUGUACACACUCUCCCUCACACACACAUAAAAUACAAAUACAUCCCUGAAACAUCAAACACAAAUUGACACCUGGUGCAAAUACAACACUGCACACUCACACACUGACACAGCAUACAAAUACACCCUUGCACACUCAUUCACACACAUGGAUGUUCCUUAGAAAUGUACUUGUGCAUUCACACACACUGACAUGUUUUGGAGACACCUUGAAUAUAAAUAAUAAUUUGAGCAACUUGUAUACCUAACUUAAAAUGUGAAAUUUAAUGUCCUGAUUUAAUUUUAUAUUUAAAUAUGUUUUAGUGGUUUUAUAUAUACACAAUCUGGCUACUGGCCCAUGCAUUUAACAUCUGUUGCACACAUAGCCCAAAUAAAAUAGAAUUAAGCUAGCAGAUAAAUUAUUUCUUUCAAAAGUCCAUUUAAGCUUUUUUUAGGAACAUUAUAAAGGAAUGAUGUAUGUGUGUAUUUAUCUUUUUGUUUAAAUUUGUGAUAGUAGCAGACAUAGGCUUGCGCAGCACAAACACACGCCGCGUGUAUAUGUAUGUAUAUAUACAUAUACACAUACACACACACAUGCACUGCUGUGUAUGUGUGCUGUUAGUGUGCAGUUGGAGGAUGCUAUGUGUGUAAGGGUGCUGUGUGUGUGUGUGUGUGUUUGUAUAGGGGUGCUGGUAGUGUGCUAUGUGGGUGAGGGUGUUUGUGUGUGUGUGUGUUUGUGAUGGUGCUGUUAGUGUGCUGUGUGUGAGGGUGCUGUUUGUGUGUGAGAGUGCUGUUUGUGUGCUGUGUGUGAGGGUGCUGGUAGUGUGCUGUGUGUGUGUGUUAGGGUCCUGUGAGGGUGCUGUUUGUGUGAUGUGUGUGUGUGAGGGUGCUGUUUGUGUGCUGUGUGUGUGUAUUUGUGAGGUUGCUGUUAGUGUGCUGUGUGUGUGUUUGUGAGGGUGCUGUUAGUGUGCUGUGUGUGAGGGUGCUGUAUGUGUGCAGGUGCUGUGUGUGUGUGGGUGCUGUUUGUGUGUGGGGGUGCAGUUUGCAUGCUGUGUGUGUGAGGUUGCUGUGUGUGCCGUAUGUUUGGAAGAAUUGUGGGGGUGGAUUAGUAAAUAUCCCCCCUCCUUUCUUACCUUAUGUAGGGAGGGGGGAUCCUUGCUGCCAUGUGCCAUCCCUGGUGGUCCAGUGGAGAGUGAACUCUAGCCUGAAUGGCUAGAGUUCACUUUCGUGAGGUCUGAGCGUUGCCGCGGCAACGCUCAGAUCUCACAAGAGGAACCCGGCGCAGCUGCUGGCUGGAGCUCCCUGGGUCCUCUCCUGCCUGCCUCCCUCCAUGCUGCUGUGGGCGGGUGAGGGAGAUCUCCCCACCAGCCCAUGGAGGCCUAGAGCAGAGCCGGCGCUCUCCCCUGCCGGUCUCAAUCCAUAGGCGUGCCGCGAGGAUUAGGGUGUGCCCAGGCACACCCCAUGCGCAUGCCUAUGGUAGCAGACAAUUUCCAUGCAAAAACCAGACAGAAAAGGUAGAUAGGACUAUUGUGCAUUUAGUUUCCUUUGAAAAUAUUUACAGGAUAAAGAUAGCUGCUGUUUGUUUAGUAUCUCCUCUUUAGCCAAACCUUUGUUCUCAUUGUUUUUUUUAAAUUCUGUUUUUAUUUAGGGAUGCCCUGGAUGCUUUAUACAAACAUCUAGCACGUAUAGAAGCAGAUAUCAAGACCAAGGAAAAUUCCCUCAGUCUAGAUAACAGGUGUCUAGAUGUUCGUCGGAAGCUCACAGUCCCUGCUGAGAAAUAUGUUGCAUCCUUGGAUACAUUUAAUCGAACCACCAAUCGUAACCUUUCACCCCUGAAGAGUCACCAGCUAGAGUUGGCUUAA